GCAGAGAGAGCUAAAAGGCAAGCGUACAAGCUGUGGGUGUGAUAUUGAAUGAGAAUCGCCUAAUGUUAGUGGUGUUUUAAUACUUUUUUUUUUUUUUACUUUUAGACCUAAGAAUUUUAAGCACGUGAUUUAAAUUUUUAUUUAUUUAUUUAUUUAUUUAUUUGUAGCUUUUAAAUCUUAUGUUAUACAUUUUUUUUUCUUCUCAAGGUUAUUAUGAGUUCACUGUUUCAUCGAAACAUGCACAGACGACCACCUGAAGAAGAUAGCGAUUUGUCCACCGACGAAGAUCCACUUUUCCAACAAGAUCUCAGUGGCCAAACUAGAAUAAACGUAAGGUUUUUUUUAUAUACUUUUUUUCGUGGUCUGUCGUAUACACACAAAAAAAACAAAAAAACGAAUAACACUAAAUGCGGAUUUGAUGUCUAGAUUCUUGGCUACAUCCGCCACACAGCCUCCACCCUUAUCUUUUUCGAUUAGUUAUUAGUCAUCUGAGCAGAUUCCAGAUGUUCCGAGGGUUUUACUAAUUUGGAAAAACACACUUCGGAAUCAUCUGAACAACUCUUGCUAAAAUGAUGUCUGAAAAUAGCAGGUCUGUGAAUCCACUCAAUAAGUAGAUGCUUCAGUAACUCUGCAAAGUGAAUUAGCAGAGAUCAAGAUAAUUCCAUUUGACAGAAAAGGUCUUUGAAUAGCCUUAACCUUGUCGUUUUUUGCAAAAUGUAAUCUACAAUAAACGUAAUUGUUGGUAUAUGCCAUGAAACGCCACUGGCCGAAGGGCAUUGCACAGCCCCGCAGUUGUCCAGUUAAAAAUCCUGAAUUAAUAAGUUGUUGGGGUUUUUUUGUUUGUUUUGUUUUGUUUAUUCCAAACGGUUUUAUGUAAAGAUGAUUUAUAUUGUUUAUUUAAAGUUAUUCACUAAAGCGAGAAUUGUUGUGAAUUCAAAUUGACGUUAAAGUGAGUUUCAAAUUUAAGAAGGUGAAUUGGAAGCAUAGUUAACUUGGAGAAUUGUUUCCAAUUCAUCUCCUUAAAAGCAGACACCCGAACUCUCCCGGCCGCUCUGGGAGUCUCACGCAUUUUCAAUGCGGCUCCCUGACACUGCAUACGGAAUAUCCCGGAAAUCACACAAUCUAACAUACAAUGUAUUUCAGAUUGUGUGUGUGAAAAUUCCCUGAUAUUAUAUAUAAUUUGCAGUUAACCAAUAAUACUCGCUUAACAGGGGCUCGGUCGGGUGCUGCAGCCCUGUUCAAGCACAACCGGGCCCCUGUAGUAUCAGCCGGCUGGGAGGAAGUGACACUGAGUGCCACGCGGGAAGAAUGGAGGGAGAAGGAGGCUGGAGGCAGUGGUGGUACAGACAGCAUGGAGGCAGUGGAGAGGCUGGAGUGAGCUGCAGUGUGCUCACUCCCAUCAGCCUCAGCCACCACCACCAGGACCCCAAGCAAGCCACCAUCCUAGGAUACAAAAGAUAAUCUAAUAGAAAGGUGCAAUUAUAUAAAUAUGACAUGUAUGUGUUUUUGUGUGUCAGAGUGUGUGUGUGUGUGUGUGUGUAUGUUCGUAUCUAGGUUUGUGUGUGUGUGUGUGUGUGUUAGUGUGCAUAUCUUUGUUUGUCAGUGUGUAUCUGUGUGUCAGUGUGUCUAUUUACCAGUGUGUAGUUGUAUGUCAGUGUGUGUGUAUCUGCGUGUCAGUGUAUAUCUGAGAAUAUGUGUCUAUGUGCAUACAGUGUAUACCUAAGAAUGUGUGUGUAUCUGUGUGUCAAUAUGUAUCUGAGUGUUUAUGUGCCAAUGUGUGUAUCUGUGUGUAUGUGAGAGUGUUUAUCUGUAUGUCAGUGCGUGUCUGAGUGUAUGUGCCAGUGUUUCUCUGAGGGUGUUGGUCAGUGUGUAUAUGAGUGUGUGUAUGAGACAAAGUGUGUAUCUUUUGUUAGUGCUAGUUUGUGUAUCUUUGUGUUAGUGCCAGUGUGUGUAUCUGUGUGUCAGUGUGUAGUGUGAGUACAUGUAUCUGUGUGUCAAGGUGUUCAUACAUGUUUGGUGAUCUGCACUUCACAGCUGUCUUUAACCUUUUGGUAAGGAGAUUUAAUAUUUUUUUUUUACUCUCUAUUAAGCAGGCUCUCAGUUAUUCAUGUUACAGGCAAUAAUUAACCCCUUUGUAACAGAUGACGUGUCAGCAUUGUCAUGAUUUACCAGGCUCUGCCUAUAAAAUUUUAAUCCGCAUUUGUGAAUGUAGUAAAACGCCCAUUCCUUGAAACCAUGUAGGUUAUGUAUAAAAAUCUUUCCGUGAAGGAAGCCGUAUGUUGUCAGCAAAAUGAGUCCCUUUGCUUAUAUAUGAAAAUAAUUUGAUGUACAUUCCAGUCUGAUAGCAGCAAAAUAGCAAAGGGGUUUAAUUCUUGUUUUGUUAUUUUGCGAAAAGUUGUGUAUUUUAAAAAGUAAAGGCAUAAAAGUGUUCCGUUAGUUUGAUGAAUUUAUCCAACGCUCUAUGAAAGGGGUUAUCAACAUAUUCUUUGAAUAUAAAAGUCAUUAUGUUCUCAUGUACAAAGCCCAUUUAGACAUCUUGAUACGUAAUGGAGAGACUAGACUUGCACAUUCAGUUUCGGACGAAUUGGUAUGGCCGAAUUUUUGCAUUCGUCAUGUUGUCCGAAUUCUGUAAGUCUGAAACGCCACAUGACCUCAUAAUGAAGCAACUGAAACAGAGAAUGGAUGAGUAAAUUCAGUUAUUUGUGAUUUGUAAUUCUGCCUGUACAGGAUUGAUGAUUAUGUGUCAACCACUAAAUAAAAAAGAAAGAACGAAGGAACCAGGAAUCAGCUGGGCUGAAAACGUAAAAUUUUGUGUGUCAGAGUGUGUGUGUGUGUGUGUGUGUAUGUUCGUAUCUAGGUUUGUGUGUGUGUGUGUGUGUGUGUGUGUUAGUGUGCAUAUCUUUGUUUGUCAGUGUGUAUCUGUGUGUCAGUGUGUCUAUUUACCAGUGUGUAGUUGUAUGUCAGUGUGUGUGUAUCUGCGUGUCAGUGUAUAUCUGAGAAUAUGUGUCUAUGUGCAUACAGUGUAUACCUAAGAAUGUGUGUGUAUCUGUGUGUCAAUAUGUAUCUGAGUGUUUAUGUGCCAAUGUGUGUAUCUGUGUGUAUGUGAGAGUGUUUAUCUGUAUGUCAGUGCGUGUCUGAGUGUAUGUGCCAGUGUUUCUCUGAGGGUGUUGGUCAGUGUGUAUAUGAGUGUGUGUAUGAGACAAAGUGUGUAUCUUUUGUUAGUGCUAGUUUGUGUAUCUUUGUGUUAGUGCCAGUGUGUGUAUCUGUGUGUCAGUGUGUAGUGUGAGUACAUGUAUCUGUGUGUCAAGGUGUUCAUACAUUCGUCAUUUCGGCACUUCACAGCUGUCUUUAACCUUUUGGUAAGGAGAUUUAAUAUUUUUUUUUACUCUCUAUUAAGCAGGCUCUCAGUUAUUCAUGUUACAGGCAAUAAUUAACCCCUUUGUAACAGAUGACGUGUCAGCAUUGUCAUGAUUUACCAGGCUCUGCCUAUAAAAUUUUAAUCCGCAUUUGUGAAUGUAGUAAAACGCCCAUUCCUUGAAACCAUGUAGGUUAUGUAUAAAAAUCUUUCCGUGAAGGAAGCCGUAUGUUGUCAGCAAAAUGAGUCCCUUUGCUUAUAUAUGAAAAUAAUUUGAUGUACAUUCCAGUCUGAUAGCAGCAAAAUAGCAAAGGGGUUUAAUUCUUGUUUUGUUAUUUUGCGAAAAGUUGUGUAUUUUAAAAAGUAAAGGCAUAAAAGUGUUCCGUUAGUUUGAUGAAUUUAUCCAACGCUCUAUGAAAGGGGUUAUCAACAUAUUCUUUGAAUAUAAAAGUCAUUAUGUUCUCAUGUACAAAGCCCAUUUAGACAUCUUGAUACGUAAUGGAGAGACUAGACUUGCACAUUCAGUUUCGGACGAAUUGGUAUGGCCGAAUUUUUGCAUUCGUCAUGUUGUCCGAAUUCUGUAAGUCUGAAACGCCACAUGACCUCAUAAUGAAGCAACUGAAACAGAGAAUGGAUGAGUAAAUUCAGUUAUUUGUGAUUUGUAAUUCUGCCUGUACAGGAUUGAUGAUUAUGUGUCAACCACUAAAUAAAAAAGAAAGAACGAAGGAACCAGGAAUCAGCUGGGCUGAAAACGUAAAAUUUACAACCGAAUGAUCAAAAAUAACUGAAUGCUCAGAAUCAAGAAUACUGACCGAAUGUGGAUGGAAUGUGAAUGUUAUAAUACGAUUCUAUUCAGUCGGAAUUGGCUUCAUUAGAAGGGCGCUGAAAUAAGCCUUUCGUUGUACUUCAAAAUAUAUAUAUAUAUAUAUAUAUAUAUAUAUACAUAUAUUGAAAUAUUAGAUAAUUAUUUUGAAGGGCACUGAUAGACACCCGUUUUUCUCUCAUUUGGUUCAUCUGAAAUGUUCUGCCAAAUUGUUUCCCUGGACCAGCCUAACCACCGCGUAGACAAAAUUUGUUUGCCCAAAUUUAAAAAAAAAUAUGGCCAAGUAGAUCAUGCUUAGUGUUGGAGAUAACACUGUUAUUUACACUUAAAAUACUCAUAGCUAGUCUAUUUUAUUAUCAUAUUUUUAUUUUUCUCGAAAAGAGUCUAUUUUUUCUUUCUGCCCCACUCCUCCAGGUUAGCAAAGCAAAUCAUGAUUUCAGAGCAGUGUUUCUCAUCUAAAUAAUUCUCUGCCAUUUCUGUGACAUGUCUGAUUCAAUCAGAUAAUUUGAUCCAUGUGAGCACUGACAUUAUUCAGACAGCAUAGCUAGCCUGCACGAAUGCACUCCAACACAAGCACUAUUAAGAUUGGGUUCAACAUUCUAUCCAUGUGGGCAGAACGAGGAACUGGCUCUCUCUCCCAGAUAUGCCAUAUAGCACUGUACAUUAUUUAAUAAGAAUUCAGAAUUACAUGUUUGAUUCCUGUACCCAUUCAUUCAUUCAUUAAAGGAACACUAUAGUGUUUGGAAUAUGAAUAUGGCUGUUUAAUCCCCUCGCAUUCCUUGGAUUGCAGUGAAAAUGUGAGCUUUCUUACAUGUUCUCCAUUGCCGCACCGGUCUCUCCGUGGCUGGCCAAAGUUCUCUAUAGGGAACGUUUAGACACUGAAUGUAGGUGCUGCACAAUGUGACUAGAAAGCGCCUCUAGUGGCCGUCUGAGUGACUGCCACUACAGGUGUUACUAGGCAGCAAUGUAAACACUGCAGUUUCUCUGCAAAGGCAGUGUUUACAUUGAAAAACCAGCAUGGGCCGGCAGUAGACACCAGAACUACUGCAUUACGCUGUAGUGGUUCUGGUGACAAGGUGUCCCUUUAAAUGUUUUCUUUUUUUAUGGUUAUAAAUAUGAAAAGCAUCAGGUCCAUUCCCCUGCAGCGGACCUGAUCCUAUAACUCAGUAUCCAAUCAGUCUCACAUAAACGAUUCCAAGUCAGUUUUAAAUAUUACCAGGGUUACUUACUUAAGUGAGAAUUCAGAAUGAAUUUCAAAUUUAAUCUCAAAACAGCCAAAAUGCCUUUUUAAGUAAACGUAAUGUUCUGUUCUAACGUAUCAUUUUUGCAAUAUUCACUUUAGAAUGUAUCAAUGCUGUGGGUUUAUUUUGCAAUAAACGAGGAACAGAUUGCUUGCUUAUUUAAUGGAGUUAAGGUAUGUGCACUGCAGCCACUUUCCUUGCUGUAAUUCAGAGUCGCAUUGGCUGAAUCUUAAAACUUGAAUGUGACCUGGGAUAUGUAACUAAGAACUUAAAUACAACAUUACGGCAAUUAUUGCCUACAGACUAGAAAUGGUGCGUUUGACUUCUUGAUAUGCACCGCCACAUGCUGACAAUUCUGUAGGGAAGAUAUUGUUUUUUAAGAGUCUAGACAAUGCUUCAUGCUUCCAACUGGUUUAAUGUAGUAGGUGAAAAAGUGGCUUGUGUAUGGAUUACACCAGCGAUGCCCAAAAGGUAGAUCCCCUGAUGUUUAAAAACUACAGCUUGCAUGAUGCUUUGCCAUUCUAAAGGCUUGCAAAGCAUCAUGGGAGUUGUAGUUCUACAACAUUUGGAUCUACCUUUUGGGCACCCUUGGUUUACACUAUUGAGGUGGGUGCUGUAAGUAGAAAUAAAAGAAGUCGCUGGCAAAGCUUUGGAUUUGGCUCAGAAGAGCAGAGAGAUAAGAUUCUGGCGAGCUUUACUUGUGAAAAUGUAUAUCGUGGCAAUGUACUGCAAAGCCUAUAUCACGGCUGCCUCAUUUUGAUGGGAGUCAGACUUCUAUCCAAUAUUCUCCAAACCCUACAACCCUGCACCUAUCUCUGGCACUUCAGCUGCUUCGUAACAAAAAAAAAAGAAACAUUUGCCCCAUUUUUUGGCUACAGUUUCUGUAAGAAAUAAUGUUCAGAGCUCUGAAAUCCGAGAUAACGAGGCAAGUCAUAAUUUGCAUCACUAGUCAUCACUGCACUUUACGCCCCUUUAAAAACAAAAUAAUUGCUCAAUAUGUCCUUAUAAAAAGCACACGAUACCCUGUUAACAUGUGAUCAAUACUAACGUGAAAUACUUCGAAUCUCUGUUGCUAACGGUAGAAUUCUGUGUGGUUUUUCUGACAGACUCCUGAAAUUUUGUAAAAAUCCUUCUGAAAAAUCUGAUUUAUUGAAUUGACACCAAUUUUUCCAUGGACAUAGUUUUUUUAAUUCCACUCCUAAAAGUAAAACGGUGCACAAAGUUUACAUGGCAGGUCCGUUGAGUCUCUCUCUUACCCCGUUUGGAACAGUAAUUGACAAUAGGGAACAAAAAAAUACAUUAUGCAUGAUUAUAAUCACUUAACAGGCUGAGACAUUAAUAAUACUUAUUUAUGGUGCAGGUGUCUUGAUAUUAUGCAUAACAGAUCCUCUCAAAUAAUUAAUUUGUCACAUUUUAAAUGAUUUUAUUUUUUGAAGUCAAUCCCAAGCUUUUCAUGCAAAGUCAUUGAAGUGUGCAGAGUAAACUUGCUGAAAUGUAACUAUUAAACGAUCAUUUAAUAGUCUUUUUUAAAUUAAAUUUGAAUGGAUCAAAAUGUGAAUUUUCAUAUUGCAUCACAUUAAAGGGACACUCCACUGCCUAAAUAGAAAAUAAAUAAAAAUCACUGUUUAGUAGAUAUACCACACAUGAAAACAUGAACACGUAUUUAAUCAUGCAUUUGUUUCAUUGGAGUUAUGUCUAAAUACAGCUUGCAAAAAUUACAGAUCUAUUCUCUGCUGCCUCUGCAAGCCCUCUCCUUCUAGCCCCACCCAGACUUUCUGUUGCUGUCCAAUCACAGACUUCCCAAUGCAGCUCAAUGAGAAGUCUUUGCAAGGCAGGUGAUCUGGGCAAUUGCUGCCUCUUGAGUUCAGUGCAAAUAAGCUAAACAAACCAGGAAGUAACUGAACCUGCUCUCUGCUUGAAAAGCCGGGGGGUGUAACCAGUAUAAUUUAUAAAAGUGUCAAUUUCUGUUGAAAUCUGCACUGUUUCCAAAAUUAAAAAAAGGAGGACAGACUCAUCACACAUAAAGCUCUUCGGCAAACUAAAAUGCUUUAGGGGUCGGGAGUGUUCCUUCAACACUCACAUAUUGUAUAUAUCUAGGACAAAUGUCAUAUAGUCUUUAGCCUGUAUAACUAGCUUGUAAGCUUUCCUCAUUGGGUGCCCUGAUUGAAUUUGUGACAGAACCCAACCCUCAGUGGGAAUGUAUUAAAGGAGCACUCUAGCUACCAUAACAGCUUCAUUGGAAUUAUGCCAGGAGGUCCCUGGUUAUGUCUUACCUUUAAGGUUUAAAUCAUUCAAAGUUGGUGAAAUCCAAAGUCUGUUCUUCCGCUUUCAGAAGUUUGUCAUAAUGGAAUGUUCAGGUAGCAUCGGGAAGUGGCGCCACUGAUUGGCUAAGAACAAGUACAAUUCUAUUAAAGGAUCACUAGAGUGUCAGGAAAACAAACGUGUUUUCCUGACACUAUAUCAUCCUUAGGACCCCCUACCCUCAGGUUAAAACCUCAUCAGCCACUUACCUUUAUGCAGCGCCAGGCUCUUUUGGCGCUGGUGGCCUCUCCUCCCCCGCCGACAUAAGCUCCCGAGUGGAGCGGAAUGCGCAUGCGCGGCAAGAGUGGCAAUGCUUUCCUAUGGACGUUCUGCAUGCUGAAUACAAUUUUAGCAUCCAGCGUCACAGAAGCGCCUCUAGCAGCUGUCAGGAGGACUGCCACUAGAGGUUGGACUAACCCUGCAAUGUAAACAUAGCAGUUUCUCUGAAACUGCUAUGUUUACAUCUGAAGGGUUAAAACCUGGAGGACCUGGCACCCAGACCACUUCAUUGAGCUGAAGUGGUCUGGGUGACUAUUGUGUCCCUUUAAGUUAUUAUGGUGUGCAGAGUAUACCUUUAAGAGACAUUACAACAGGUAAUUGCUAUGAGUGUCUGCAAGGGUCUCACUCUUUGGGGAGUUAAAUAAAUGAAGCUUUGCUCAAGUGAUUCCAGGAGUCCUCUAUUUCUCAUACCAUCUUUGCAACAAGCCUCAUCCAUUGAACACUACAGCUUUAAGGCACGUUUCCCAUACCAUCUUUGCAACAAGCCUCUUCAAAUGAACGUUACAGCUUUAAGGCCCACUUCCAAUACCAUCUUUGCAACAAGUCAUCUUUGCAACAAGACUCAGCUCAACCCACCCAUCUGCCCACCCAGGUUCCCCCUAAAUUUAUAGCAUGCUCCUCCAGCUAUUUAAAAUUCUCACUCAAUUACCUCUUUUUUCCCUCUAUAUUCUACCAAAAGCUGCAACAGUCUGUUUACUUAUUUAGCCAUCACUUCCUAAUUUCUCCUGCUACCUCUUGUCUCACAUCCCCACGGUAUCCUUAGAUUGUAAGCUCAUGGGCUAUCUACCUAUGGACUUUGUAUAAAAGAGCUUAAAUGGCCAGAUCUCAACUUACGGGCAGGGCUCUCUCUACCUUUUGUAUUUGUCUGUGUAUAUUGUAUGUUCUCCACUAAUUGUACAGCGCUACGGAAUCUGUUGGCGCUUUAUAAAUACCAGUAAUAAAUAAUAAAUAAAACAUUAUUUUUUUUAUUUUAUUUUUUAUCUGGUCUUCAUUGUUUCUUAAAGGAACCCUAUUGUGUUAGGAAUACAUACAUGUAUAUGCUAUAGUUUUGUUCUACGUAUUAGGAUUCCCAGCUACCCCCAGAGUGGAGAAAUAAUUUGAACAAAAAUAAUGCAAAAAUGGGCCAAUCAGUGUACUGCAUAAUAUAUGCAUAAUGUAAUAUACAGGGAGUGCAGAAUUAUUAGGCAAGUUGUAUUUUUGAGGAUUAAUUUUAUUAUUGAACAACAACCAUGUUCUCAAUGAACCCAAAAAACUCAUUAAUAUCAAAGCUGAAUAUUUUUGGAAGUAGUUUUUAGUUUGUUUUUAGUUAUAGCUAUGUUAGGGGGAUAUCUGUGUGUGCAGGUGACUAUUACUGUGCAUAAUUAUUAGGCAACUUAACAAAAAACAAAUAUAUACCCAUUUCAAUUAUUUAUUAUUACCAGUGAAACCAAUAUAACAUCUCAACAUUCACAAAUAUACAUUUCUGACAUUCAAAAACAAAACAAAAACAAAUCAGUGACCAAUAUAGCCACCUUUCUUUGCAAGGACACUCAAAAGCCUGCCAUCCAUGGAUUCUGUCAGUGUUUUGAUCUGUUCACCAUCAACAUUGCGUGCAGCAGCAACCACAGCCUCCCAGACACUGUUCAGAGAGGUGUACUGUUUUCCCUCCUUGUAAAUCUCACAUUUGAUGAUGGACCACAGGUUCUCAAUGGGGUUCAGAUCAGGUGAACAAGGAGGCCAUGUCAUUAGAUUUUCUUCUUUUAUACCCUUUCUUGCCAGCCACGCUGUGGAGUACUUGGACGCGUGUGAUGGAGCAUUGUCCUGCAUGAAAAUCAUGUUUUUCUUGAAGGAUGCAGACUUCUUCCUGUACCACUGCUUGAAGAAGGUGUCUUCCAGGAACUGGCAGUAGGACUGGGAGUUGAGCUUGACUCCAUCCUCAACCCGAAAAGGCCCCACAAGCUCAUCUUUGAUGAUACCAGCCCAAACCAGUACUCCACCUCCACCUUGCUGGCGUCUGAGUCGGACUGGAGCUCUCUGCCCUUUACCAAUCCAGCCACGGGCCCAUCCAUCUGGCCCAUCAAGACUCACUCUCAUUUCAUCAGUCCAUAAAACCUUAGAAAAAUCAGUCUUGAGAUAUUUCUUGGCCCAGUCUUGACGUUUCAGCUUGUGUGUCUUGUUCAGUGGUGGUCGUCUUUCAGCCUUUCUUACCUUGGCCAUGUCUCUGAGUAUUGCACACCUUGUGCUUUUGGGCACUCCAGUGAUGUUGCAGCUCUGAAAUAUGGCCAAACUGGUGGCAAGUGGCAUCGUGGCAGCUGCACGCUUGACUUUUCUCAGUUCAUGGGCAGUUAUUUUGCGCCUUGGUUUUUCCACACGCUUCUUGCGACCCUGUUGACUAUUUUGAAUGAAACGCUUGAUUGUUCGAUGAUCACGCUUCAGAAGCUUUGCAAUUUUAAGAGUGCUGCAUCCCUCUGCAAGAUAUCUCACUAUUUUUGACUUUUCUGAGCCUGUCAAGUCCUUCUUUUGACCCAUUUUGCCAAAGGAAAGGAAGUUGCCUAAUAAUUAUGCACACCUGAUAUAGGGUGUUGAUGUCAUUAGACCACACCCCUUCUCAUUACAGAGAUGCACAUCACCUAAUAUGCUUAAUUGGUAGUAGGCUUUCGAGCCUAUACAGCUUGGAGUAAGACAACAUGCAUAAAGAGGAUGAUGUGGUCAAAAUACUCAUUUGCCUAAUAAUUCUGCACUCCCUGUAUAUAUAUAUAUAUUGCAGUACACUUUCCUGCCAUUUGGUUCACAGUUUAAAAAGUAACCGAUAAAGGGAAAAAGAGAAGUAAAACAAAUGUAAAAAUCAAUAAUUAAUUUAUUCUAUAUGUAUUAACAUAUAAACUUUUUUUUUUUAUACUGCUCUAUCUUUUUUUCCCUCAUUUGGCCACUUCUCACUUGAUCUAUGAAUAAAAUCGGCCAUUUUGUAAAUGGCCCUUAGGCAUCAAUCAUCUUUCUUUUUCUCAUCAACCAUUUUGUUAUUAUUGGCACCGAAGGUGGAAUCUAACAUCACAAAUCAAACAAAACAUGCUUUACCAUUGCAUAUUUUAGUUGGUUUGUGAUAGGGAUGUUCGGUUCGGGACUUUGGGAAUACGGGACUUUAGCAAUUCGGCAAUUCGGCACUUCAGUUCGGUUCGGCACUUCCGAAAUUCGGGACUUUGGCAAUUCAGCAAUUCGGGAAUAUGGCUAUUCACAAUUCGGGACUUCGGCACUUUGGGAUUUUGGGGAUACGUGACUUUGGCAAUUCACCAACCCUAACCCUACCCCCAACCCUAACCCUACGCUUAAUCCUACCCCUAUGUCCAAAUUGACGAUUUUGGACCGAACCCAAUUGCACAUGUCUAGUUUGUGAUUCAUGUAUAUUUAGGUCAGAGUUCAGUAAUUUGACUGUUCACCAGGUCGGCCCAAAUUCUGAAGCAUUGUAGUUUGGACAGAAAGACAAAUCUCCAAGUUUAUUCAUUUGUAUGCAUCCUUAAUUAUUGUUGAACCACCAUCAGACCACUAAGCUCUCAUGCUUCAAAUCGGACUAAAAGUAGUGAGAUUCAGAGCACAGAAGAGGUGUAUAUAUAUAUAUAUAUAUGCCAAUGUUCUCAGCAUAGGUGAGAGAUUAAUAGUAAUUGUCAUGUUUACAAUUGUAUAUAUAAAGUUUAAUGGGCAAUUAUUGCUUUCUGUAGGUCAAUUAAGGGCAAACUGGGUGUGACAAACCAUAAUCUUAUGGCAGGUGAUGCCAUUGUCUUUACAAAGAGAGUACAUGCUGUGUUUGUCGAUGUAUGCCAACGGCAUCACUCUUUUUAUUGCUUAGACAUCUUGUUCGUACAUUUGUAAAAUGGAAUCUCUUGACAUUGUGAGAGUAGUAGUUUCAUAACAAUCGGUGAUUGCUAUUUUAGAUGAUGAAGUAGCUGGAGGCACAAAACGACUUUUAUUACAAAUACAAGCAAUAAAAUGUGUGCAUGAAUUAUUUAUGGAGAAUCUCUUGCUGGUCCAAACCUCUUCUUUUGUUACGCUUACUUCAGGUAAUAAGGAAUAUCAACACCUAUGCGAGAACAAAGACUUUGGCCCAAGGAUUCCUUGACAUGGCUCUCUUCACUGCGAACGCUUCCCAAAUGAAACAUCUUCUGCAGCAGGGAUCGGACACCCAGUUUUAUUAUUUCCUGUUCUCUCUGCUGGUAUGUAUUCUUGGACAUCACACUGACCGCCAUUAGGAGAAUGCCUUGCUUUAAGGAACAAAAUUGCCUUAUUAAGCGUUAUGUUCAUUAAACAGUCACUUCUUCAGACACGAUCGUGAUCCUGUUAAGUUUUUGUAUGCAUCUAAUAGGUGUUCCAAUCAAGUUAAAUAAGUAGCCAUUUGAUUUUGACAUUAUUUAAAUUAACUUUUAAUAAUGUAUCCUCCACAUUGCAUUUUCGUUGUUUCCGCACCUCUGUACCCUAUUAAUUACGAGUAUCGGCCUAAUUUUUUCUGCUGGUGAUAAGAUGAAAAUUAAUAGACUUGUGCACAGGGAUGAUAUUCAGUUCUUUCAAAUUGAUUCCGUUUGGAUUUCCGCGAUUUUUCAGUUUUGAAAAAUUUCAGUUUAAAAAAAAUGAUUUUGGUUUGAAAAUUCAAUUCGGUGAAAAGAAGAAAACAAACAAAGAGAUUUUUUUUUUUUUUUUUAGAAAUACACUGACUCUACUGAAAUUUGAUUCUAGCUAUACCAAAUCACUAAGUCUAGAACGGAUUGUGUGCUUGCUUAUGAACAAUAGUUAAACGUGUACAUAGCUUAAAAUUUGAGUUUUACUCAAAUUCCUCAAAGUUUUCAAAUUUUAGUCAUUGCCAUUAUAUUUUAGUUUUAAGUAUAUUAAAAAUACAAAAAGGCAGUUUAGCGGUAGAAGAAAAUGCAAGUAUUAAACCUCAUUCUGAAAUACUUUUGCUUAUGUUAAAUAAAAUCUCAAAAGCUAAUUCCCAGACGAUCGUCAUUGGGAGUUUUCUCCAAUAAAAAUCAAAUUCCAGCCAAUUAAAACACAAAUUGCUAAAUUUAGGCUAACGUACCUGAUCUCGAACGUUUUGUAAUUUGGAUUUUAAUUCAGUACAAUCCAGAGUUUUGUAAAUAACAAUGAAUGUGUGUUUAGCAAACUACAUUCUGAAGAGCAGGGUUAGAACUAAAGCAGCAUUGUUUAAUUCUGAAUGAAGAACAUAUCUUAUAAAUAUCUAAAAAAUAUGUGUACUGAAAUGAGUCAAGGCCAGGCAUAAAAAAUAUGUGGGGUUUUAAGAAAGGAUAUGAAAAAAAAAAACAUUUUGAAAGGGAUCUUAGAAUAAUGCAAUAUCUACAAGUAAGGUUUCAUUUAAUUCAUGGAGGCGUUCUUCAUACAUCUACAGUGUUUGAUUUCCUUGUAUUGUUUACACUGUCUUUGUGUGUGUGUGUGUUAGGUUUGGUUUUACAUUUUAAAGGGAAACUGUUGCUACCCAGUAUUUUUAACGCUAUGUUUACAUAUUUCCUAUAUUUAACAAAUGUGAAUUUAUGAGGUGUAUAAAAUAAAAUCAAAUGCAGAAAUUCACACCCGUUUAUCCUACAAAUGGGCGCCUCCAUCUUAUCUCUCUGUCAAUCAUUGUUAGUAUAGAGGAAGCAUAGAGAGAUUAAGAGAAUUGAAACAAUGUUUCUACGUCCUGGCUUUGCCUUGCCUGAACUGGAUUGGUCAUUUGACACAUUUUUUAUAUGAAUUUGAGAAAACAAAUCAUGAAAAAAAACAGUUAACCCAAGAUAUAGGGGAUUUUCAAUGUUUUAUUAAAUAGUGUAAUUUUUUUUUUUUUUAAAUGAUGAUUGUCCUUUUAAUUAUAUCAAUAUAUAAUAUUCACAUUUUAUGGUAGUCUGACAGGGGUGCAAGAUGGUAUGACUGAUAUGAUACAGACAGACAAAGAUUAUCUAGGUAAACAGAGAGACAAGAGGGCAUCCCUAGAGCUCUCUUACUCAGAGAAUAUGAAUUCUCAGAGAAUGAUAGUGUGUCUGAUAGACUCUUUUGCAAACCAGACAUCUUUCAACUCGACAAAAAUUUAUUAGAAAAUAAGAAAUGGAAAACACUCUCAGUGAGCCACAACAUUGUUUUAAAGGAGCACUAUUUCAUUAUGAAUACAAAUGUGUAUUCCUAAUGUUUAUAUUGUCUACCACUACCUAUCGAGGGGUUAAAAACAUAAGAUUUACUGACCUUACAUCCUGAGUUGCGCUGGUCUCCAUGCUACAUGAUCGCAUCCGACUCAUCGGGAAGCAUGGCAGGCUAGUGCGCAUGCACAGCAAAACUCCACACUGCAUCAGUCAAAUGCUCUCGAAGAGUCUUUUGAGCUAGAACGGAGUUUAACUAAGUUAUGAAUGCGGAAGUGCCUCUCGUUGCUGUCAAGAAGACAAUCACUGGAGUUGUGCUAAACCUGUAAUUAAAAUGUUGCCAUUCCUGCAAAAUAGCAAUGUUUUCAGUUGCAGGGUUUAACAGACAGAGGCAUGGCAGUCAGACCACUUAAUUGAGAUAAAAUGAUCUGGACACCUAUAGAGACCCUUUAAAUAUAAAAUGGCAUAAUGACUACAAGGCAGCUAUAAAUGUCGAUCAGAAAAAGCUGAAUGGUAUAUUUGGGGGGGGGGGGAGGAGAUAUAGGAAUAUAGCAUGACCAGCAAAGACAAGAAGGCAUAGUGAUUUAAAUUAAAAAGUCCAGUUAAAAAUGUUGCCAUUGUUUAAUGGAACGCAAGAAAUACACCUAGGUGACAAAGGUGUUUUGUUAUAAUUGUGCUGUUUAUAAUGCCGAGUGAUAUUACAGCACUCGGAUUUUAUUGUGCAACAAGCCUAUAAGUGUCAUUAACUGAGAUUUAUUUGCAAGAAUAAAGGUGAAACUACUUUUCUAUGGAGGAAGAUAGAAAUUGUUGUGGUAAUUUACUAUGCUCUAUGUUGAGGUUCUAUAUGGAAUAUGAGACUAUUCUGUACACCUUCAUAUAAGAUGAAGCAAAAAUGCAGGCUGCAGCAUUGUACCCCAUGUUGUUGAGUUAUGGGGGUGUCGUAGGGAUUGACAGUUUAGUUAUGGUAUUUUAGGAUUAGCGGUGUCUGCCUUCUAGGUGAUGUGUGAUAAAAAUUGUAUCAGCCUCACCUAGUCUUUACCCUAUAUACUUUGUAAAUUAAACCUUAAAACUACCCUAAUACUUACACAAACCCUACCUCCCCCCUCAACCCUAAUUCUCCUGUAUUCAUGUCAUAUCCUAGUGACGUGCUUUUAAACAGAACUAAUUUUAGUUUGGUUUAUAGACUCUGUGCUAUUGUGAGUGCCUGCAAUAACAAUGUCGCCCUAUCAAGAUGCAACUUUGAAUAGUUAAUUUCUACCCUCAUUCUCAGACUAAAAUGUAUACCUGUCCCUUCAGCCCAAUCAAUGAAGUACCCUUCGUAAAGACAAAAACUACAUUCGUUGUUGAAGUAACUUUUUAAAAGCUAGGUAUGAAUCUUAAGACUAUCAUCAUUUGGACAUUUGUUUCCCCUGAAAUAAACUCAGUGGAUCUGUCUUUUCUUUUUUUUUUUUCUUGCCAGUUUCAGUGUUGCCCAAAUAAAUUUUAUUUAUUUUGUAUGUAUAAAAUUCUGAGCUGGAUAAUUGAAAUACACUGAGAUUAUUGUUGUACUAAGUUUGUUCUAUCACUGGGUCCAUGUAUCAUGUCGUAGGAAGCAGCACUGUAAGUGUGUUGGCUGCAUUCCUUUUGGACCCAGUUUAGAAUUCCAUAAGCCCGGGACGAUGAUACAAAUUGUAAUUUACUUCACCGAUCUACUGAUCCUAUGAAGAAAAACAUUGAUUGCCCUUUUACAAAUAACCACUACAGUUCCCCUUUUGAUAUCAUAAAAAGCAAAGAAUUUUUACUAUUUUGUUCAAUAGCCUAAAAGUGUUUUAGUCUGAUUUAAUGACAGUCGUGAAAGCACAUUGGGUCAGACAAAAGCAGAGAAUAUAUAAUUGCAUAAAUGCAUAAGCUGGUAUUUUGUGUUACAAUGCUAAGUGAUCAUUAUUUAGUUAAACACUUUAUUGUGUUUACAUGUAAGUGAUAACAGUUUGUCUACUCUCAAACGCACGUAGAAAAGCAUUUUUAAGGCCGCUUUGAUCACAUCUACAGUAAGUAGAGAUAAAUAUUGAAUAGAAUGAAUUCAUUGGGUUCAGCAGGAGGGAACGCAUUCAUUUUUCAGAGGGUACAGUUAACUAAAGUAUUUCCGUGGGUGGUAAGGAUACAGCUGCAUUUUUGGUACAAUUUCCUCUCACAGUGAGAGCAGUCCCAAUAAAAGAGCAGUGAUUUUCAAUCCAUUAUAAAAUCCAGCUAUUAUAUUACGGUAUUUUAACCCCUUCACAGCACAAUUUGAACUUGUAGCUUUGUAAUUACCUAUUCGGCCUGUUUUGCAAAGUGGUGAUGAUUUGUAUUACAACAAACAUCCAAACGUGCAAAAAGGGCUAAUGUUCACUAUGAUGAAUAAAAAUCUUCACAGUUGGCAUUUUGUGUUUACUUUGUUGCUGUUUUUCUGUGAUCUUAUUGUGCAACAAGCCUAUAAGUGUCAUUAACUGAGCUUUAUUUGCAAGAAUAAAGGUGAAACUACUUUUCUAUGGAGGAAGAUAGAAAUUGUUGUGGUAAUAUACGAUGUUCUAUGUUUAGGUUCUAAUAGUAGGAUACUAUUCUGUAUUGGUCAGCAUAUUCAUGGCUGGCAAAGCAUUAUGGGAGUUGAAGCUCCCCAAGAGCUGGGUAUCUACCUUCUGGACACUACUGUUCUAGAAUCUUUAUGGUUUUGUUCGCUUAUCCCGUCUUUUAAAACAGAAAUAAUUGUAGAAACCCACACCUCUUUAACCUGCAACUGGAUGCGUCCAUCUUACCUUCCUGUCAAUCAAUGUUAAAAUUUACAUUGAGGGUUUUAUUUUUUUAUGUGUCAUAUGCCUCCAAUGUUAUAACUGAGCUUCAGUCAGUGGCGUACCUACCAUGGUCGCAGGGGUCGUAGGUGGGAAUGGGCGAGAGGGAAUGAAGACACAUGUUGGAGCUGUGGGGGGGAAUGGAGGGAGAGGAAAUGGAGACACAUGGAGAGUCUGGGGGGUAGGAAUGGGACAUAUGGAAGGACUGGGGGGAGGGAAUGGGAUAUGUGUAAGGACUGAGGGGAGAGGGAAGGAGAUACAUGUAGGGACUGGGGGAUACAUGCAGGGACUGGGGAAAAGAGGUAGGAUACAUGCUUAAGGGACUGGGGGGGAGAGGGAAUGGGAUAUGUGUAGGACUGAGGGGAGAGGGAAUGGGAUGCGUGGGGACUGAGGGGAGAGAGGAAGGAGAUACAUGUAGCAGGGACUGGGGGGAGGGAGAGGGAAUGGGAUAAGUGUAGGGACUGGGGAGAGAAGAUAGGAUAUGUGUAGGACUGAGGGAGAGGGAAUACUAGGAUAAGUGUAGGACUGAGGGGAGAGGGAAGGAGAUACAUGUAGGGACUGGGGAGAGGAAUGGGAUACGAUGUAGGGACUGGGGGGAGAGAGAGAGGAAUGGGAUGCGAUGUAGGGACUGGGGGGAGGGAAUGGAGUUGAUGUAGGGACUGGGGGAGAGGGAAUGGGAUAUGUGUGUAAGGACUGAGGGGAGAGGGGAUGGGAUACGUGUAGGGACUGGGGGAGAGGGAAUGGGAUACGUGUAAGGACUGAGGGGAGAGGGAAUGGGAUACAUUUAGAGACUGGGGGAGAGGGAAUGGGAUACAUGUAAGGACUGAGGGGAGAUGGAAUGGGAUACGUGUAGGGACUGGGGGGAGAGGGAAUGGGAUACUUGUAGGGACUGGGGGGAGAGGGAAUGGGAUACGUGUAGGGACUGGGGGAGAGGGAAUGAGAUACUUGUAGGGACUGAGGGGAGAGGGAAUGAGAUACUUGUAGGGACUGAGGGGAGAGGGAAUGAGACACAUGCUGGGGCUGAGGAAUAAGGACUGGGGGGAGGGAACAAGACACAUGGAGUUGCAAAGGGGGGAGGGAAUGGGACGUAUGGAGGGAAUGGGGGCGGGAAUGAGACGCAUGGACUAGGUUGGAGGAUCAGGCAUGAGACACAUGGAGGGAUUUUGGAGGGAGCACCAGGAAUCCAUGAUUUCUAGUUACGCUUCUGACUUCACUAAUAACCUCCUACCCUCCAGGGUUAUGGAGAGUUUUAUUUUCAGCCUUACCUCUGCUGAUUAUGUGAAAAAAAUGUUUAUUUGUGUUGUUGUGCUUCACUAUUCUUUUGACCUGUGCCUAGUGUAUGCCUAUCUGUCUUUGAGUGUACUCAUAUUCUCAUUCCAUUUACUAUAUAUUUAAAAUAUGGCUGUACAUGUAUUCAUUUAUCAGCUAUACGUGUGCUCUUAUCUUCUACGCAAGUCUUUGUAUUUCUAUGUAUACAAUGACAUACUCGCAAAAAAAAGAAAAUAAAUGUAAAAAUAAAAAGUAAGCGCUGUCCUUUGCUCCUGGCAAUCAGCAUUGAGAAAGCAAUCGGUCCUGUAUUUUGUAUUUGUUUCCGAGUUUGUCUCUUUUCAUCCCUGUCUUUAACAGCCUCUGCAAGACAUGUGGAUGGUGAUUGGAAAAAGUUGUUUACUGCACCUUCCGGAUUCAAGUGUUGUUGAAACAUCCAUAGUUCUAAAUGUCAUGGUAUAUAUUAAUGUCAUGCGGAAUCUCUCAUCACUAGUCUCUCCCCAAACUGAUACAAUUGGAGUAAAGUUCAUAUUUCAAAGUGAGACAAAAUUGCUUAUAAGUUAAACAAUUAGUAGAACCUCAAUAGACCCUAGAAAUGGCAUGGCCAACAAGUAGCCCGCUCAGCAGUUAUAGAGCUGCAACUUAACAAUACUUUGCUUAUCUUUAAGCUUGCAAAGCAUUAUGGGAGUUGCCAUUUUGUAGAUGCUGGAGGGGGCUACCUGUUGACUGGCCUUACUCCUAACAUUUUACAGUAAUGGGGACUACUAAAUGAUAUUAACCUUUACAGAGAAAUCCUCAAUUUGUAACAACUUGUAGCAGGUCAGAGCAUAUCAUACAACGCGUUUGAUGUAAAGUUUGCAUGAACGUAAAACACAUACUACGUUAUCAGAAUUUAUAGAACAUAAUAUAAAGUAAACCUUUACCCCUCCAUGAUCAGCCUUAAGUUAUUGACUACAUCUCUGAGUAAACCCAAACCACUUUAUUUCACCAUUGGACACAUGCAGUCACCCAGCAUGUAAAUAAAUCCUUGAAUCAAUUCGAGAAAUAUUUAUCCGCAGAACAAAAAAAUGACAAGGGUUAUUGUGAAGGGUUUUAAAUCACUUACAGUUCAUUCUAUAAUUAGACAAUGGUUGAUUGUCAUUUUUACACAUGUAUUCAUAAUGCUGAACUAAUUAUAAAGGCUUAGUUGAAAGACAUAAGUACAUUUAAAUAAUCUAGGCAUUGUUCCCCAUGGGCAUGAAUUAGCAACUAAAUAAUUCUGCAUUCUUUAAAUGCGACUACCCAUGCAAAUACAGAAUGCAUAAUUGUGUGUGCUAGCUAAACACCAAUGUAAAUCAAGAUACACAGAAUUCCAAAAUUGCCUUCACAUCAUAAUCAGUAUAUCACAUAACAAUUUUACAAGAUGUCAUUCUUGUAUGGGAACGCCGAUUGGGAGAAAUCGGUCACACAGAUAUCAUGCAAUACAAGGAAGCAUUGCUCCUUAAUAUUUACUCUGAACGAGGUUUGUUCUGCUGCCUUUUCCAUAUUUUUUUUUUACCACUUUGUAUUAGACGUAUGUGGCGAAACCGGCCUCGCCACGUGUCCUUGGAGGGGGCUGCUUGCCCGCCUCUUGCCUUUGGACUAUGGACCAGACUUUAUGUGAAUGUAUUAACCCAGAUAGCUAUGCCAUGGAGCCCAUUCGUGUAGUUAAAAACUUUGGCUCCAUGGCAAUUGAACUGUGUGAAUAGGAUCUGAGCGCUAUUCGGUAGUUUUGUGCGCUCAGAUCCCAGCUAUCUCGGGAUAUGUGACAUAUCUGUGUUUUAUGUAUAAAAUGUGACUUUGUGUAUUUUAUAAUAUUUUAAUGCUUUGUGCUCACCAUGUGCAUAAUGGAGUCUUGUGUCUGUCCUGGGAGAUAAUUGAAUUACUUCUCAAUUCAAUCUCCAGGAUAGAAGACUCUGAAACUGGUUUGGGCCGGAAAGCCAUGCUUCAUUUAGUCACAAAGGACUUUCCCUUAACUUUUGAACCCCUGGUCUGAUUCGUGCCAUUUUUUAAUAGGUUGUUCCCCUGAAUGGAUUGAUUAUGAAAAUGUAUGUUUUAUGUUUGUGACAUGUAUAUUUUAGAAGUUAUAAAUAUUGUGUGAAAACUGUAUUCCUCUGCCGGUGAUAAUGAGAUUACCCAUUGUGUUCAGUAAUCAUAUCACAUGCAGAGGGGAGGAUUUUGUGUGGGAGUGUCUGAGUGUAUUGUACGGAUUGAUUGGUUGUUUUGUAACGCCCUGUGGGCUGUACUAUGUUUGUGGAUUGGGAAUAAAAGAGACUGUAUGUGACAGUACAGGAAGUUCCUGUUUUAACCCUCAAAGUGAAGUGUCGUCUCAUUAUUGGGGGAAGGAUUUAUUGUAUGCUGUUCCAGUUUGACUGCUAGGAGAGUAAACCUAUUCGUAUGGUUCCUAUUAAACUGUCUACAGCAUUCACAUGCUCCUACAAUUCGGUGGUUGUGGUGUCUGCUGCAGUGCUUGGAGUCCUCAGGAAGCACUAGGAGCAUCCUUCAACGGAGGUACCCAGUCGGGGUGCCAGGUGAUCCGUUACAUUGGUGGCAAGCGGUGGGAUGGCGUCCUAGUGCGAGGUAAAGCAGCUCAGAGACACAGUUCAUGGAUUUACAAAUUGAAGGCGACGCUAGUGUUCAUACAGCGUCCCUGUCUACAUAAAGAUUUGGGAAAAUGGGGUUCGUGGACCCCUGGGCAACACACACACCUGAGGAAGAGAGUGAAUUAGACUGGAGAGAUAUCGCUCGGAAAGAAUUAUGGUACGAUACCCUGGAGGAAGUCCAGUAUCAAUGGCAGCAGCGCCUUCCUGGUGUCGCAUACCAGUUGGAGGAACAAAUGGCUUGGCGGAUGCCGCUUCUGGGAGAACAACCCGGAGGGCAGCAGGUCAGACAACUUGAGUACCUCGUGGAACGGGAACUGAGCCUUGACGCCUCAUACCGGGCACUGUGGUGGUGCACUAUCCAGCCAGAGACGUGGAGGGCAGAGGGCAUCCAGCCGGAGGGGGAGAACUACACUAGCCCUGGCCUGUUGUGGAAGGCCUUAACAGAAGACGUCGACUUUGGCAGUCCAGCAGAGUCACGGUACUGGGCUAUCUUUCAUUACCGAAGUGAGAUGUUACAGGGCCCGAGAUCUAUUGGACUGGGAGAAGACAUCCGCCGUUUCGCUGCCAUGGAACGAGAGCUAGAGAUGGACUAUGUGGAACUACUGAACUCAUGUCAGCCGCAGAGCAUAGACGCAGAACUGGGUGGUGGACCCAGACCUGCCAACCUACAGCUGGGAAAACGCAGCCGAGGUCCCCACUGCUUCACUACCAGUUGCAGAAGUAGGGGACCUCAUAGACUGGUCCUGGGAAGACCCACCGAUGGCAGGUAGAGAUGGGACGGCUGUCUCUCUACCGGCCCUACAGGGAUGCUGGGCAGUCGGCCCAGAUCCGCAGCGGCAGUAUGUAUCCCAGGGAGCUGAAGAUGUCGUCCUUCCUCCCCAGCGGCAGUGUGUACCCCAGGGAGCAGAAGGUGCCGUCCUCCCUCCCCAGCGGCAGUGUGUAUCCCAGGGAGCAGAAGGUGCCGUCCUUCCUCCCCAGCGGCAGUGUGUAUCCCAGGGAGCCAAAGGUGCUGUCCUUCCUCCCCAGCGGCAGUGUGUACCCCAGGGAGCAGAAGGUGCACGUCCUUCCUCCCCAGCGGCAGUGUGUACCCCAGGAAGCAGAGACCGUCUGUCUCGCACCCCAGCCGCAGGACAAAAUAUUGAAAGGGGAGACAGUUGGUCCCCCUCUCCACCAGCAAAGAGAGUGUCAGGGAGAGGAGCAGGUUACCCCCUCUCCCCAGCGGCAGUCUACAGUUCAGAGAGAGGAGCUUGUUACACCCUCUCUCCAGCGGCAGCCUAACCCACCAAGGGGAGAUGUUAAGCCCCACAACUAUGCAGAUGGGACCGUAGUCUCUGCACUUGCAGCACCAGGGGUAGGGACGGUCGGUCCUGUCCCCCAGCCACAGAGCAGUGUAUCCAGAGGGGAGACAGUCGGUCUCCCCCUCCCACAACCAGGCUCCAACCAGGCUACUUCAGUGGUAGCGCUGGCACCCAGGCAGAGUACCGCUGGUCUCUGCCCACUCAGCAACCCACCAAGGCAGUCUACCAGCCCCCCGCACAGCCGUGGUGAGGCACCUGGACAUGGACAAGUUGCUAUUUUAUCCAGGUGUAGUAACCAGUUAUUGUGGGUGGGCUGUAUUGCUGUUUGUGCUUCGUGGGUGGGUUGCUGGACUAACCAGGGCACUGACCGGCAGGAGGUCAGAUACCCUGUUAGUCUGGAUGGUAAAGGGGAGAAAUGUGGCGAAACCGGCCUCGCCACGUGUCCUUGGAGGGGGCUGCUUGCCCGCCUCUUGCCUUUGGACUAUGGACCAGACUUUAUGUGAAUGUAUUAACCCAGAUAGCUAUGCCAUGGAGCCCAUUCGUGUAGUUAAAAACUUUGGCUCCAUGGCAAUUGAACUGUGUGAAUAGGAUCUGAGCGCUAUUCGGUAGUUUUGUGCGCUCAGAUCCCAGCUAUCUGGGGAUAUGUGACAUAUCUGUGUUUUAUGUAUAAAAUGUGACUUUGUGUAUUUUAUAAUAUUUUAAUGCUUUGUGCUCACCAUGUGCAUAAUGGAGUCUUGUGUCUGUCCUGGGAGAUAAUUGAAUUACUUCUCAAUUCAAUCUCCAGGAUAGAAGACUCUGAAACUGGUUUGGGCUGGAAAGCCAUGCUUCAUUUAGUCACAAAGGACUUUCCCUUAACUUUUGAACCCCUGGUCUGAUUCGUGCCAUUUUUUAAUAUGUUGUUCCCCUGAAUGGAUUGAUUAUGAAAAUGUAUGUUUUAUGUUUGUGACAUGUAUAUUUUAGAAGUUAUAAAUAUUGUGUAAAAACUGUAUUCCUCUGCCGGUGAUAAUGAGAUUACCCAUUGUGUUCAGUAAUCAUAUCACAGGCAGAGGGGAGGAGUUUGUGUGGGAGUGUCUGGGUAUAUUGUACGGAUUGAUUGGUUGUUUUGUAACGCCCUGUGGGCUGUACUAUGUUUGUGGAUUGGGAAUAAAAGAGACUGUAUGUGACAGUACAGGAAGUUCCUGUUUUAACCCUCAAAGUGAAGUGUCGUCUCAUUAUUGGGGGAAGGAUUUAUUGUAUGCUGUUCCAGUUUGACUGCUAGGAGAGUAAACCUAUUCGUAUGGUUCCUAUUAAACUGUCUACAGCAUUCACAUGCUCCUACAAUUCGGUGGUUGUGGUGUCUGCUGCAGUGCUUGGAGUCCUCAGGAAGCGCUAGGAGCAUCCUUCAACGGAGGUACCCAGUCGGGGUGCCAGGUGAUCCGUUACAACGUACGUUAUGGCUUUCUUUUAAUGGCAGAUUAAUGUACGUAUUUAAAAGUUAAAUGGAAAUUUUCGUAAAAAUAUAAUAAAAUAUCAUUCAAGGGAUUCCAUAGAUUACUAUUUAGUUCACUGUACUUUUCAGCUUUCGUCUAAGUCGUAUAUUAAAUUGGCAAUAGCAGUGCCGGAUUAAGGACUUCAUGGACCAGGAGCUGAAAAUUAUGGUGGGCCUAAUUACAAAAUCUGAAAUAGUUUCUGUUCCAUCUUCUUCCUAAUUAGCUGCAUGCUUUCAGUCUUUUUAUAUCUUUAUAAUGUUUUUAAAGUGUCUCUUUCACCACAACAUAAUUUCUGCGUAUUUCACAACGAUAAAGCCUUUAUAAAAUUCUUGUACUGAGUGGUUUGGAAUUUUCAUUGCGAAUCCAACCCAAUCAAAAGAUAUCAUAAGACAAAUUAGAGACUACUUUAUUUUAUGUUUAAGGCUGAACGAGAGCUUCCACCACCAAGCGCUGUCAAUUCCCACAGCUGUUGCUAGAGACAGCCGUGGGAAACGAGAUAUCGCACAUUGUCGGAUUUGGUCUACAAAGGACCUUGCAGGAUCCUCCAUACAGAUCCAUGAUGUACUCUUGCGCAAGGAGUGGAAAAAGAAGAUGGCACAUGCAUGAGAUAAAGCUUCAGGUAAUUAUCAUCAUCCCCAGGUCACCUCAUACCAAGUCGGGAUGUCACUUUAUGGGGACUUUUCACACCAUGCAUGAACCCCGAAGAUGACAGAUCAAUUUUAAUGAUUGAUUAACACAAUAGGAAAAAAUCCUGAAAGUGAAAGAGCCACUUUAAUGACUGGUUAAGGCAACAUGAUUACAGAUAGUGGCUCUAUCACGAGCAUAUAGCAUUGCCAGUUUUGCAUGCAUUCAACAAUUCAGCCAGUAAUGACACUAAAGUUAAAAUGUAUUAUUGACUUAAAAUCAGUAUUAAUUGAAGCAUUCAGGUUGUGCUUAUGCACAUAGGCAGACUCAGACUUGUUAAAGGGACACUCUAAGCACCAAAACAACUUCAGCUUAAAGGGACACUAUAGGCACCAGGACCACGUUAUGCACUAUUCCUUUUCUAUUAACCCCACAAUGUAAAACAUUGCAGUUUUAGAGAUACAUUGAAGUGUUUAGACUACCUCUAGUUGAUGUGUUGCUGGGGAUUCAUGGAGUUCUACACGCUGGUCGUCUUCACGCGUUGAAUCGCUCUGAUGUCAGUGGAGGAGCCUGAGUUAAAUGAAAACAGGGUUUUUAACCCUUUAUUUGCAGAUGGUUGGUGGGCAGACAGAACUACAUACAGUUUUGCAUUCCUAACACUAUAGUGUUCCUUUAACAAAGUUUUGGUGUAUAGAUCAUGCCCCUGCAGUAUCACUGCUAAAUUCUCUGCCAGUUAGGUGUUAAAAAAUGUAUACAGCCCUAGCUACAUUUCCCCUAGCUGUGAAUUACACAGCCUCCCCACACAUUCCUGAAAAAGUGUCUAAAUUGUUUAGCUUCUCUUAUUGCACAGUGGUUUUUAAUUUAUGAAUUCUAAUAUCCAACUCUGUUAAUAGCAUGCUAGAGCCUGCAGGAGCCUCCUGUAUGUGAUUAAAGUUCAAUUAACUGAGCAGAAGAUAAAAAUUUCUAAAGUAAAAGACUUGAUUUAAAAAUGAAACCAUUUUGUCAUGCAGGCUGUGUGAGUCACAGCCGGAGGGGGUGUGGCUAGGGCUGCAUAAACGGAAACAAAAGUGGUUUAACUCAUGAAUGGCAGAUAAUUGAGAAAUGAGACUGCAGAGGCAUGAUAUAUACACCAAAACUGAUACUUAUAAACAAUUGUAAUAGUAUUUACUGGGGUAAUUAAAGAAAAACUGCCACCAAUUGAAAGGUGUCUAUAUCAAUUUAAAAAUUAGAAUUUUUAUUUUAUUUUUAUUUUUUUUACUACAUUUAUGAACAGUAUAUCAAAUAACUUUUCUUAUUUUACUAAAAGGAUGGUGUUCUUAAAAUUAAAAACAAAUCUGCACAACUUUUUUUCAUUGCGAAAUUUGAAACACCAUGAAUGUUUCUAAUGUAUAAACAGUGUCUCCACAGCCUGUGUGCCAUAUAGUAAUUAUAAUAACAACACUAACAUCUUAAUGACAGCAACUCUGCUCUAAUUGUCUUGUCUAUUUUCAUCUUUCUCACUUUGUAACAGAGAAGCCACUCUUACACCCCUCUAUUCCAAAGUGCACCCAGCAGUUCAGCAAAAAAGAAUCUAAUUUCAUCUGGAACAGAGCAAAGUUGCUAAUAAUUUCUAGACUAAUAGCAGAUUAAUUAGUAAUGAAUAGUUUAUGGUUGCAUAUUUAAAAGAAAAAUGUGAAAAAAAGAUGUAACUGUAAUAUAUGUAGGAAUAAUAGUGUACAUAAGAGCAGAUGCAACAGAUAUUGUGUGUUGAUCAUUAAGCUCAAGGCUACUAAUAAGCUAUUUAAACCAUUAUUAUGCAAAAAACAUACAGCAGUUUGGACAAUACAGUACAGUUAGUUACAAUACAAAACAUAGGACUUGAUGUUAGGGGAGGUUUUUCAAUCAGCUUUCUCUUCGUAUUGGUGUAUCAAUAGUGGAAUAAAUGCAUAUGUUUUUCUAAUUAGAGUUUAGAACCUUGGCGUUUAGGUUCUUUGUUUUUUUUAAUUAAUUUGGUUGCUUUUUCAUCAAUUAUUAAAACUUAUAGCAUGUACUCUUCGAGAACUUUUUUUCCAAAAAGAAUAAGCUGUUAUUGGGUCGUCUUGGUUUGAAUAUUGCCCAAUGUCUCUUGGAAAAUAAAUUGUGCUUUUACCGUUGUCCAGUUAACUGUAUUGGGAGAUUUCCAAAUCUUGGCUCUAUGCAGUUUAACAGGCCUUCUUCACAUGUAAGAAUACUCUUGUCUGUAGAUGAUUCAAGCCAUCUAAGGCCAUAUGGAGAAGAGAUCUAAUUGGGGUGGAAUGAAAAUUCCAGCCAAGACAUUUUGAGAAGAAUUUCUCCACCAUAUGCCAAAUUGAUCUUAAAAGAGGACAACCCCACCGUAUAUGCAUCUGGUUCCACCUCAUUGUGUUACAUCUCCAGCAUCAAUCUGUGCUAUUUGGGUACAUUCUGGCAAUGCUAACAGGUACUGAGUGCCACCUAUUUAUUAACUUAAAAUGUGAUUCAUAAAGGUUCAAACAGUUGAUCGUCCUGUAUGUUAGUGUCAAUGAAUGAUUCCAUUCUGUUUGCGGAAUGAUGCAAUGUAGCUCUUGUUCCCAUUUUCUAAUUGCCAAGGGGGUAUGGUCAAGCUUUAGCAUUUUUGACAACUGAUGCGAAUUAGUCAGACCAUGUUUUCUUUAUAAAUCAUACUGGGUUUUCUUCACUAAAGCAUACCUCCUAACAUUGGGAGGUAUGGAAUCGAAAUGGGUGGGCUGCCUUUAGGGGGCAUCGCCAGUGAUGCAACUUGCUUCAAUGGUGAUGGCUAUAAUGGGAAGUAGGUGGACUCCCACUGUAGGGGUAUGGCAGCCUGGCAAGCAUGCCAGGCUGACAGACAGCCUCCUGGCUGGCCCCUGACAUACAGGACAUGGAGAGAGUAAUGCCGAUGUACUAGCUGUAUGGUACUACAGCCCGCCACACGGUUUAAGCCUGUCUAAUGAUGUUUGUGUGGUGCUGCCUGGGACAGUUCCCCAGUGUCCCAGAAUUUCCCAGAAUUUGGGACACCAAAGAACUAAAUUGGGAUGGCAGGAUGGGAUCCUAAAAUAGGGACUUUGACACCAAAAAAUUUUUUGGGUGAAUUUUAAAUUUAAGACUAAAGUAGCAUUGUUGACUUGACUUGGAGAUUCUUCCCCAGUUUGCCUAUCUUGGCCUUAAAUUUGAAAUCAACUCUGAAUUGCUGACGAUAAUCACUCUAGUGAAAAGCCCUGAUAGUGACUUGCAUGCAGACCAUCAGGAAUAGUGUGCAGCAAUAUAUAUAUAUAUACAUACAUAUAUAAACCCCCAAAGAGAGGACUCUAAGGCUGUUUACGUUUCAGCUUUCCUCUCGUGCAGAAUCAGGCUAAGACGAGUUGCUUUGUUAAUAUCAUUGUUAGCAUUCUUGCAUUUAUUUAGAAAGCUCCAACAUUUUCCACAACAUCUUACCUUAAUACUGUAUGUGUGCAUUGACAAAAGGUGGAGACUGGAGACGUUACAAUGCAUAAUUACACAACUGAUGUGAAAGUAAAGGAACGCUCUGCUCGUACACCUAAAACCUAGGAUAUCACGGUAAUGUUAUUAACCCAACACGCAGUAUGUAAACCCACAGAAAACCCAAGCACAUAUUACCGAACCUUAGAAUGGUCGGAUUUAACGUAGGAAGAAAAGAGUAGUCAGAGGAUAGCCAAAAAUCAGAAUACCAGUGAUCAGGAGAACGAUUCCAGAAUAGCUGGGUCAGGAUACCAGAAAUCAGAAGGUCAAAAUACAAGCCGAGUCAGGGAACCAGAAAACAGGAACGUCAAAAGCCAAGCCAGGUCAGAACACAGAAACAACAGUAAAUACACAAGGAGAAUCAAAGAGCACUAAGGGGAACACAAGGAACCACAACAGGACAAGGAGAGUCCUUUUUAUAAGGGAGUGUCUUUUGCUUUAAAGCCAUGCCCCCAAAAUGAUCUGGGCCGGUAUUAAUGACGCGGGAAUGCUUUAAUGAUGUCAUUACAUAGGCGUGUAUGCGCUACAUCAUAAAAAGGGGCGUGACUCCAGCGUCCGGCGUGGGACAUGCUGAACUCGCCGGAAGAGGAGCCUGCCCUGGAUCCUUCACCACGUGGGCGCGAUGGACUAAGGCAAGGGGUCGUGACAUAGGAUGUGGGAUGAUGCUAAACGUAGUUUGUACUUGCAAAUGCUACAACAUAUAAAAAAAACUAUUCCACUUUACAUGUUGGCCACAUAUAUUAUUACGUGUCAUAUCUCUAGUUUAAAAUUCUCACUAAAAUGACCCCAAUAAAUGACAGAUUACUUUAUAUAUUGUCAUAGGUCACAACUUUCUUAUUCAAUUAUUGUGCUAGCAUAUUUCAACUCUCUGGAGCAGCCGGUCCUUUCAGAUCGCAAGCAGUUUCCCCAGUAUGUAACCAAAAGCUCAGUCUUCGGUUUUCUUUUUUCACUUGGACUGGACAUAUCUCCCCAGUGCCCACUCAUCAAGUGGAUUUUCUUUCUAUUCCUUUACUGGCAUGGACUUACCCACCGCUGUGAAAACAAACGAGAGAAUACGACAACAUCACCAAAUCACAUAGCAACAUAGCAGGAACUAAGCGAGUUGGCAGAACCUGUUAUGGUUUGCUGCCAAAAAUCAAAAAGUUAAGCCAUCCUCUUCCCUGUAAAUGUAUGCCACCGCAAUAUUUACAAAUAUUGACCCUAACACCCAGUCACCAUUAAUUAUGUUCAUUUAACACUAGCAAUAGAAGAUGUCUUUAAACAAAUUACUUUCUGGCAAGGUCCAAAAUGCAAGGUGCCUGACCUUCCUAGUGGUCAGCGGUAGAAUUGCGCAAAAAUUGUUUAGGCCGAUCCCUCUGACUCAAACUCCUUUUAAUCUACGUCCAAUCUAAUCGAUCUGUCCGGGAUUUACCUGUCGAGUCUUAUUCAUUCAACGAAGACUUCAUAUGAAUUAUUUGAACAAACCAAGUAGUUUGAGUGUGGAUCGAAAGGGAUUUAAUUUGGGCGAACAACCCAAAACUAAUUUUUGCACAAGUCUCAUUAGGUGUGAUCUUCAAAGUUACAAACAACUUUAAUGCAAUGUGUACCCCUAAGAAGAGCUGGGUAUAUAGAAGAAUCUGUAUAAAUCUUGCUUUUAACUAUAUUUAAAUAUUCAGUAUAUCCAUAUUAUCUGACCUCACCAAGCAAUACAUUUCAACACGUUUGGAGCAAAAGCCCAAAUUCUGCUAUCCCUUAUUACAAUAUUAUUCAUAUGAAAGAGAAACUUAAGACCUCGACUCAUCGUUAUUAAACAACGAGAUUUUUUUUUCUCUUUAUGAUAUUAAAAAGAAAUGUAUUUUAUUACACUAGUUUACAACAAAAUCAAUUAUCCCUGCAUACUUUAGGAAUCUCAGUGAAAUUAAAAAGGGCACACUGGCACGGUGCUAAUGUAAUUAGCAAUAAAUAGACCUGCAUUAAUGACAGUAAAUAUUACACUUACACUCUGUAAUGACUCUGGACGGGACAUUAAAAUCUGUUACUCAAUUUUGUGAAGAAUUAUAACAUGGGACCCUACCAUUCAUUAACUGCCUGCCAAACCGUUCUCUAGAUAAAUUGCCAUUUUAUUGCCAUAAAAAGUGUGUUAUAAUGUUACCAAAUUGGAAUUUUAAAUCUUUGCCAUCAUUAAAAAAAGAGAAAGAUUUAAUUUAGCUGAAGAACACGAGAAAAAAAUUCAAAGACAUUUAUUUAAGGAAGUGACCUGGGGUACUAAUACAUCCUAUUUGACUUUUUUAUAAGGAGCGCAGAAGAAAAGAUUCAAUAAAUUGUAAAUUCAUCUGUGUCUCUGUAAGCCAGAUCGUUUCUGCGCUAUAGCCGAAAAAAAGGCAGGUUGAAGGAUGAGAGAAAUGUUUAAGAUGAUGUCCCUGUGUUUUGCAAACAGCCGUGUAAUUGUCUCCUUUAUGAAAGUACAAUCAAUAUGGAAAAUAUCAUUUUAGAUUUUAUUGUAUCCUAUCUCUGGCUCCGGGAGCACGUCUGUAGAAAGCAAUUUCCCAUCAGAAACUUUUAAAGCUAGACUAAGGAGAGACAGACCUCUCUCUGAAAAGAGAUCGUCAUCGGAUCAUGGUCCAAUUACACUGCAGGGAAUAAUAAUAGUCUGGCAAUUAUCAUCCUUUGUCUCGGUUUGCAACUGUUUCAAUUUAUUCAUUGUCAUCAAUAUUUCUCUUGCUUUUAUGAAAUUUAGAAUGAUUUUAAAGUGCAGCAAACUGAGUCAGGGACAGCUGAAAUUUCUUUACGUAGGAGCCGUAGGAGAAAAACAACAAACAAAAAAAACUAUUUGGACUCAAAUAUUCCAAAAACUUUCUAAACAGUGCUAACUUUGUUAACACUAACGUAACCCUUUUAGGGUUGUUGUUGAGAACUGCAAAACACUGCUCACAGCUGCAGCAAUGAAAUGAGACACUUACAAGCAUAAGUAGUAACAGACUUUCACACAACUCUCUUUAUGUCAUUCCUUUAAAGAAAUACAAAAAAGCAAUUUUAAGUGAUUUCCAAUUCUACCAUAAAAUAGGAUAAAAAAUAUUUGACUUCAAAAUGGCACUCUGAUACCUUCUUGCUAACAAUUUAGUGAAUAUACCCUUGAAUAUCCUGUUUUAUCAAAAAGUAUCUGGAUUUUAGAAAUCUCUACCUGAUAAAACAACCUCUUAAGGCAGCAUAUUCCACAUCUUCAUUACUCUUACUGUAAAUAAUUCUUUCCACUCCUGUAUGUGAAAUCUUUUUUUUACAAGACUAAAUGUGAGGCCUCUUGUUUUUUAUAUAGUUAUUUUGAUCAACGGGUUGCCAGACAGAUGUUUGUACUGGCACUUAAUAGAUCUAAUUCCCCUUUUAAUGUAAAGCGCUGUGGAAUAAGCUGGCGCCAUAUAAAUACCAAUUUAAAAAAAAUAAUACAGUAAUCUGUAAAAUGUUAUAAUAACCCAUUUUCGAUGCUGUUUUUCUAAAGUAAAAAAAUUCAGGUUUCAAAAUUCCAUUCUUUUAAAAUAAUAGUAAUAAAGCAUUGUGAAAGGUCUAUGAGAUAUUAGUUGUGUUGCACUUAUAAGGUUUUUUUUCUUACCAGUAUUUUUGUGUAAAAAAUGAAGAAUUCAGUAAAAAUGGUGGCGGGGGCUGGUAGGGAUGACAGAUUGUUAAUUAUGGGGUAGGCAGCCAGAGGCUCGGAAAGUCUUGACAACCCAGUGGGUAAGAAUCAUUUUCAUUUUGAAACCAGUGGAACCAGGGAACUAACACCCCAAUUCCCCUAUUAGUUUUGGUUGGAGACUUGGCAUCCUUAAGUUUAGUGAGCAAUCAUUAGUAGUUAUCCUCUGUCCUACAACAUAGAGGUCAAAAUUAAGUGUUGAGACAUAAUCUCCAUCCCACAGCAUGCGAGGUGGAGAAAGAGAGGAACUAGUUUUGAGCCUCCUUGGAAAUAGGUGCCCAUCCAGUUUCAAUGACUCCAUCUGUAACACAGUACUGUUGCUGCACAGGAUAAUCUGUGAUAAAACUUGAUAAUUCUUGACAAGUGGUACCACAUAUGGAGGCUCCAUUCUAAGCUUAUCUUGGUGGCAUUACUCAUUUUGUUACUAAGGAUCAUAAUUGGACACAGGUUUUUCUGUAACCAAUAAUUCUACCCCAUGAGAUACAGUCCGAAAUAAGUGUUUUAUCCAUUUUAUUAAUGUCCUCUGCUCUACCUUAUCCAGAAGCGAGAGUUAAAUGAGAAUUAGGAAUUCAUUCGGUAACUUCCACAUUCCGUAACGGCCUAUCAUAUUUGAUUUCCCUCUGUCACAUUUAAUAUAUAACGUAGUCUUUAAUAACAGAUGGCAGCCCAUCCCCUGUCAUGCGUUAAUACUUUAUGGUAUUAUUUUUUUUUUCCCUUGUGCUAUUUAGUCUUUAAGCCAUACGUAUUUGGAGCCGCACUGCCACAUUUAUUUAGUGUAUGUGACUAAUUUUCUUGUCUCUAAGCAUUUUUGCUCAGUAAAGAAAAAAAGGCAUCGCGAAGGAGACUGUGUGUGUGUGUGUGUAUAUAUAUAUAUAUAUUUAUAUAUAGAGAGAGAUAUUUUACAUAAAAAAUAAUGCCCUGUCUUGCAGCUGCGUUUAGCUGUGAUUUGACCGUCCUUUUAUGUCACAACAUUCAGUGUCGCUUUGGCAGCAAGAGAAAGAGAAAAUAUUAAGUUAAUUUGAACAUUUUACAAAUAAUAUGAGGUUCUGCGUGAAUGAAACUUCAGAUGCUAAAACAUUGAGCACAGGCCUUGCCUCUGCUUACUGCAAACUUACAAAAAAGGAAAAGUAAAAUAAUAAUCACUAUGGCUCAUUUUAGCGAUGACAUCACAAUAUUUCUGUGUUAUUAGUCUGACAUGUCUAUUUCAUUUUCCACUGCAAGAUGUUCUUGCCUCCCAACAGUCUCAGAUUCAGUAGGAGAGUCCCAAUUUUGGCAUCCUUCCCUGCCAUUCCAGGUUUGUUCCCUCGUGUCCUGCUUUUCCCAAUGACCAAGUAAAGUAUGUUCAAAUAAUUAGAUGUGCAUGCGCUUCACAUUGAUAUCUAGAACUUUAGUAUAGGGUCUAGCGAAAGGGUUAGAAGGGAAAAUGUCCAUUCCCAGUGUCUCACACACACACAUGCACACACACCCACACAAAAAUAGUAAUUUUAGGAUCAUUUUACAGUCUCGCUAUAAACUAAAAUAUAUAGUGAUCUUAUUGAAUUAAAUAGACCAGACAAUAUAAACAGAAACAAAUUGUCAGUGUGUAAAUGGUCUAGGCAAGGCAUAGUCAACCUUCGGCACUCCAGAUGUUGGACUACACCUCCCAUGAUGCUUGCCAGCAUUAUGGGUAUAAGAGCAUUAUGGAGGAUGUAGUCCAUAACAUUUGGAGUGCCAAAGGUUACCUAUCCUGGUUUAGGCCAUGGUGUUUAUGUAAAGCUUAAGGGGCAUACAGCCAUAAAUCUCAAAUGUUUUUAGGAAUUUUAACCCUUUAUGUAACUUAAUUUUAUUAGACAUCACCCGAUUGUCGGUUAGUCUUAGAUGGCCUGACCACUUUUUAAAACUUUUUUAAAACUAUUUAACACCAUAUCUUCCUUCAGAACUUGACCCUUAAGAUUACUUUUUUCAACCCAUUGCUUCCAUAACCACCACGUAUACAAAUAAUUAAAAAUUAAGGAAAGAGGUCUGUCCGGGCCAUUCCUAGUUUCAGUGACAGGCUGACACGAUUUAACUUGCAUGACUGCGUUAUAUAUUACUCCCCAGUUUCCUACGCGAUUGCAGCUCGCAGCCUGCAACCCAUCCUAGUCCAGUUCCUGUCCUCCCAGGAACUGUGUCACUAGUUCUGGCCACCUACCUGGAUAAGUCUACCCGGAAACUCAAAUUCUCAAAUUAAUCCUAACAUUGCCACCAUGCAUAUAAGCCACAGAGCUUAGUGCUUGUGGCAUCUAAGUCACAUUGAGGUUAUCUGACAUGUUACAUCAAAAGCACUAGACUACUCACACUCACUUAAAUAAUAAACUGUGUCUCAAAGUUCCCUGAAACAUUUAUUUUUCAAGUGGCAUUUCCCCUUUAAACCACAAGUAAAACCAACUAAAUACAUCUAAAGAAUAAGAAAAAAAAAAGUAGCACCAAGGGGAAAUGAUAAAUCAAUUAGCAAUUGCAUUAAUACGAUGACUCUAACGAGCUUAAAAUCUAAUCUGCAUCUGCACCACUGGUAAUAAGGUGAUGAUGGUUAUCACGUUUUAUAACAUUUUUACACAUAGAAUUUUGAUUAUGUGAAAGCGCGAAGUAUCUGUGCUACACCGCACAUUUUUAAUUAUACAUUUUAAAGAUUAUUCAUUUUACAAAAUUCUGGAGUGCAAUGUGAGAAUAUACACGGUACCUGAGGAGGUUUUAUUGAAAACUGAACUCAAAAGGGUCAUUUUCAAUCUAUACGUUGCACAGGACUUUAUUUUAUGCUGGAUUAAACCAUCACGAGAUCUGCAUCGUAUCUACUGUUUUAGUAAAAUUCUAACAUAAUUCAUGUUUUUUAGAGGGAUUAUAUGUUAUCCACCUUCACCACAUUUUAAAAGGCGUACUGUCACUUCCCAAGAUUGUAAUAUAACCUUUACUUUGAAUAAAUAUGUACUUAUGAUUGCCGGUUAGUGAAGUCUGAAAAAAUAAAAUUCAAUGCAGAAAUUAAAGGGAAAUUAUAGUUUAAGGAAUACACUCGCCUGCCCCCCACACAGCGCAGAAAGGGUUAAAAACUCUUCUGUCAUUUACCUGCUGAAAUCAGCGCUGAUGUACCUCGGUGCCGAGUCAGACUCCACCUCCGCUCUUCAUUUCCCGAUGCCAGCUGACAUUGGGAACCUAAUGCGCAUGCGCGGCAAGCACCUCAUUGGCAUUAGGACUACCCCAUCAGAAAGAAUUUAAUCCAUUGCUUUGCUAUGGGGUUUUAGCUGAUGCUGGAUGUCCUCAUGCAGAGCGCGAGGACUUCCCGCGUCAAGUCGCCUAAAAGCCCGGAAGCACCUCUAGUGACUAUCUGGCAGAAGUGGAGUUAACCCUACAAUGUAAUUAUUGCAGUUUAUCACUAACUGCAAUAAUUACAACUGCUGGAUUAAACUGACAGGGGCACCGCACCCAGACAACUUCAAUGAGCUGAAGUGGUCUGGGUGCCUAUAGUGUCCCUUUAAGACUCAUGGAUUUGGCUCUAUCUUGUUACUGGAUGCCUCCAUCUUGACUCUCGGUCAGUUAUUGUGAUACGGUCUGACCUUUUCUGUCUUUGAACAUUGUAUAGUGUUGCACAAUGGAAAAAGGCAGUGUGGUCACGUUAAUUCGUCAGAAACAAGCUUUGUUCAGGUGGACCGAAUUUCAUCCAGGUGGCAUUUGUCUCAGACAAGUUUUGCUCAUGAAAUUAUUUCAGAAAAAAAAUGGUCCAAUCAGUAAAAUAUAUACAUGUAUAUUAUCUAUAUUAUUACAAUGCACUGCCUAGGCACAUUAUUCAGCUGUUUGGUUCACGGAUCAAGUGAGAAGAUUUAACCAAUAAAAAGAAUAUACAUUUUUUUUAUAUAUUUAUAUAUUUUUAGCUCAUUUUUUUUCUCUCUCAGUUGUGUGAAUAAAACCACAUUUAGUUCCUUAACUAUCAAUCCUCUUUUCAUCUUUUUUUUUUAUUAUUUUUUUGUACCAAGGACAGAACUUCGAAUCGCAAAACAAACAAAACUGUUUAUCGGUUGACCAUGUUGUUUGUUUCGUGAUACCCUGUCAUGGUUCUAUGGACUUACGGAAUUCAGAUGACCCAAAAAUCUCCCAAAAUUCAGUCCAAUUUUUGUUCUGGAGUGAAUUAUCUGUUCUGAAAAUCAUUUCCACAGUUUUAUUGCUUUGGUGAAUUUUCUAUAAUUUUUCCAUUUAUGUUACUAUUUGUGCAGUGUGUUCCAAUGAUUGAUAUUCACCUUUUUUUUUCUUAUCAAAUAAGGUGAAGCAGAUUAUGCACAGACUAUUCACUCAGACAGUAUUCUCAUUUAGUGGGACAUAAUUAUGGAGGAGUACAAAUUUGACUGUGCCAGUAUCGGUUCAUAAAGUCAACUACUAAAUCUGUAAUGUACAUUUACAGUUAGGGAAAUCAUCACUUCUAUAGAAAUUACACCAUUAAAUAAAACAUUUAAAAUCUCACAACACUUGUGCGAGUUUUAAUUUAUUUAUUUCCAGGCAAUGAUCUGUUGUCAUCGGCUGAAAAUAAAUAAAUAAAUAAAUGAAAAUUCGCACAAUUGUUGUGAGAUUUUAAAUGUUUUAUUUAAUGGUGUAAUUUCUAGAAAAGUGAUGGUUUCCUAUUAUUGCCUUGUAUAAUGAGCUCUGUGCAUUGUUUCACAAUUCCAUUCCAUUCGUUUCUGUGAGAUGUAUCAAUGGAAUGAUACAGAGAAAAUUGUAGAGUUGAUUUACAAAAGUGAAUUUACAUUUAGGUCCAAAAUAGCCAAACUGGAAAAAUGUUCUAAGUCAGGUAUGCUUUAAAUUCAGCUUCUGUGGCCUUAAAUUUGAAAUAAACCCCUUUCUCUUAUUCAUGUUCCUGUGCGAUCUCACGGGGAAACAAGGGAUCUUAACUUUUCACAUACUGGCAGCUGCAAACCUGUUGAUAGCGAUAGGAUGGAAAUCCUCCAAGACUCCCAGCAGAGGAGCUGGUGAUGCAACAAGUAUCCAUAAAUGGCCAAUGUAAAAAGAUGGCCCAUAUGAGUUCCAACAGACCUCAUGAUAAGAAAACUGCAUGAGAUACAUGGGAAGCAUGGAUGGGCUCACACGCAGGGACCAUGUGAAUUCGGGAUAAGAGAAAAAAAAGAGCUGAGCAUGUAGAGACGCAAGAACAAACUUCAAAAAUCAAAACCAGAUGACACACGGUAGGAUGUAAAGAUGUAUGUGGUCUGACCCUUUCCCUUAUAUCCCAGCACUCACACACAACCGACAAGCCCCUAGGGAUCAUUAGGGCUACCACAGUUAGCCACCUCUGCGUCCUAGGGUGGAUGCUCCCCUUCUUCUCUAUAAUAAUAAUACUAAUAAUUUGCUAUUUUUUAUAGCGCUUUUCUCCCUGUGAGACUCAAAGCACAAGUAUACAAACAUAAAGACAUAAAAGUUAGUAGUUUCUGAAGAGCAGACUGAAUGCCUAAUGGAAGAGGUGGGUCUUUAGCUUUUUUUUUUAAGUCUGUAAGGACGGUGCCUCUCUGAUUGCACAGAAGGUAAGGGCAGAGUGGCUGAAUGCCCUGGAACCUCAGUUCUUUCUUUUCUUCCUUCACCUCUCUCUCACUACACUCUCUUAUUAGUUCAGUUCUGUUGUGGAUAAUGUCUUUUCGAAAACCCGGUGUUAUAUAGGCCACUGCGGUGAAUGAAUUCAAAAUAUGGCAUGAUAAUCUCACUUUGACCUGUGUACUACUGGCUCUACUUAAAGUAGCUCAGAUCCAGGGCCCUUACUCAUAGCCAUCUUCGAAUGCUCCCCAGAUAUAAACCAUGACUGUUAUUGCACGCUUUGGAAAGUUGAGUUUGGCUCAGAUAUCAACAUUUCUAUAACAUGCUCUCUACAUCGAAAUAUUGUAAAUAAUGUAUCACCUUCAGAUGGUGAUGGUAACGUUAUACUUCUAUAUAAAUGCUAUUUUUAAAUAUAUUAUCCGAUAAAAAUAAAGGUUUUUUUUAAAAUAGAUUUUUAAAUAAACCCUGAUAUUCACUCUGUAAUAGUAAUAGUAAUUAAAGGGACACUAUAGUCACCCAGACCACUUCAGCUCAAUGAAGUGGUCUGGGUGCCAGGUCCCUCUAGGGUUAACCCUUCCUGAUGUAAACAUAGCAGUUUCAGAGAAACUGCUAUGUUUACAUUUGGGGUUAAGCCAGCCUCUAGUGGCUGUCUUCCGAACAGCCACUAGAGGCGCAUCGGCAGUGAUUGAGGCAUAUUAUGCCUCAAUCACGCAGAGCGUUCAUAGGAAAGCAUUGAAAAAAUGCUUUCCUACGGACACUUUGAAUGCGCAUGCGCAUUCCGCGCCGGUGACAUCAGACAAGGGUGCUGACGUCGGUGGGGGAGGAGAGGUAAGGGAGCCCGGCGGGGGGAAAGGGUGAGAAGCUGAAGGGGUUUUAACCCCUUCAGCGCCGUGGGAGGGGGACCCUGAGGGUGGGGGCACCCUCAGGGUACUAUAGUGUCAGGAAAACCAUGCGGUUUUCCUGACACUAUAGUGUCCCUUUAACUGUAUUUGGGUUUUUAAAAUUCUUUCAGGAUCACAUAUAUAGACUGCGCUACCUUCCAUACAAUGUUUAUUUCUUUAUGUUGUGUGUGUUUUUUGGUUACUUUAAUUAUUAUUAUUAUUAUUAUUAUUAUACUAAUAGUAAUAGUAAUAGAAACGCAUAUUCUUCUUUACCCGUCUCAUUUAUUAUAAGCAGUCAGGUAGUAAAGUAUCACACAAGCACAGAUAAAAGAGGCUGUAAAAUAUUCUAGAGUUUUAUGCUUAUAGCCAAGAGUCACUUAUCAAACUCUGUUCCUUAUCUUUCAAUGUUGGGAAAUAUUUGUACAAUCCACAAAUUCAAUUUUAUUCUUUAUCUUUAUCCUCACUCGCUCUAUUCUUAUAGAUGUAGAGGUCAAUUUGAAUGCAGCAUAUAUUUUAUUCCAGAAAAUGUGCAUUACAAGUGAUCCGGUCCCCUCCAAUGACACAUACAGUGAGAAUCCACAUCCACUUAUCAAUGACCAACAAAAAACAUGAGCAGACAAGUACAAAACGGAGACUAGUAAAUUUCACUUUGGGACUAGCAACAUGCCUCCUUGCUGUUAAAAUUUAGCAAUAAUUUCUUAAAGGAACACUCCACACCCCUACUUCUUAUUACUGAAGUGUUUUACAUGUGACAAGUAUGUACUCUUUUAUUCAUUUUACUAAACGUGCAGAUUGCAAUAGAAAUUGGCAUUUUCAUAAAUUAACCUUGUUACACCCCAUUGACUGUCAAUUAAACUGGUCAUAUUACUUCCUGGUAAACUCAAGAGGCAGAAAUUACCUAAAGCACCUGCCUUUCAAAUAUUUCUCAUUAAGCUGCAUUGGGAAGUCUCUGAUUGGACAGCCAGAGAAAGUCUGGGUGGGGUUAGAAGGGGAGGGCUUGCAAAGGCUGCAGAGAUUUACAGCUUUUGUAAACUGUUUUUAUAUAUACCGCCGAUUAAAAAAAUGCAUAAUUAAAUGCAAGCUUGGUUUCAUUGGGGUACAUCUACUAAACAGUGAUUUUUAUUUAGGUUUGUAUUUUGACAGUUGGGUAUCCCUUUAUGUGUACGCGGUGAGAGUGAUUUCAUUGUUCAUGCUGAUGGGCAGCACUUGCAAUUUCAGAUAAUAGGGUUAAUUAAAUAAGUAGUAAACUGUGUUGAAUUAAAAACCACAUUGCAAAUUUAGGCUUAAAAAAAGGUUGCCACUAUAGGUGAGUUGGGGACAUUUUUUUUUUCAAAAUGCUUAUUUUGGAAAUUAAGUUUUUUGAUUCACUACUGUUUACUGGACACAUAUUCAGGGUACCUAGUGUACUUGGCACUUGUACCUGUUUCCUUCAUUGGCACAAAUACCCCCCCAUAAAACUGUAAAGAUGAUAUUCCAGACAGCAUAGCUCAGGGAUAGACAACCUUUGCAUUCCAGAUGUCAUUGACUACAUCACCCAUAAUGCUCUUACAGCUGUAAUGUUGGCAAAGCAUCAGGGUGGAUGUAGUUCACAACACCUGGAGAGCCAAAACGUUGCCUACCCCUGCCAUAGCCACUAGGGCGUAUUGUAGUAGUGGCUAAGGAGCAAGAAGGCUGUUCCCCAGUCCCACCAGUUUUUGUCCAUUUUAAAAUGUUAAUCUACAAAAAAUUUACGUUUCUUUCUGUAAUUAAAGCCCACCCAUACUGCUAGGCCAACAUAUCUAGGUAAGUUUACUUCCUCGUUAGCCAAAUAUUUGGACAGGGUAUAGCAGGAUUCCGCUGCAGAAUUCAUGCAAGCCUGCUGGCGAGACCAAAUCUCUGUUAACACUUCUCUGUGCUUCCUCUGUGAUGUGUCAGUGUGUGAAUGCAGAUGUAUUUUUGAGUGUUGUAAUUGUUGGCGAUUCCAAAUGCAUUUUUGUCCAUCCUGAUGUCCACAUCUCCCUCCCACUACUGCAUGCUUUUCCCAUCUGCUAUUUUAACCAGCUUGUUCUCUCCCCUUUUUCUUCACCUCUUUUCCCCUCUUUCUCCCCUCUGCGUCUGUCUCUCUAUCUCAACACCCCCUAUGUCUCUCCCUCCCCUCACCGUACUUGUCUCUUUCACCAAUUUUGUCUCCCUCAUAUCUAUCCCACUUAUGUCACCUGCCCCAUCUCUUCCCCACUUGUAUGUCCCUCCCAGUUGUGCUUCUGCCCCAUCCCUCAAAGCACAACUUGCCACAACAGCCCCUUCCUAUUUCCCCUGUCACUUAAGUGUCCUUUGAUCCCCCACUACCUUAUGUGUCUGUCCAGUUUCCCCCCAUGACAGGCAAGUAAAUGUGUUAAUCUCAUAGGAGCAGGUAUUAGCUUUGUAAAUUAGCACCCAUCAAAAAUGGAGGUACAAUGGCGUUGGGGCAGGCCUAUGCAAGAUAUGAUCAUUUACUGUAAGUAACUUCACAUUAUGUAUCCCAGGUAUUUUUUUUUCACAAAAGCUAUUACAUUUUGUGAGCUUUGACAUUGGCGUUUAGUGAGUUAGUGAGUGCGCAGAGUCUCGUAUGAUAUAUUUCGAGGCCAAAGGCCUUUAUUUUUGAGAGCAGUUUGUCCUAUAAAAACCCUAUCCCCCCCUCUUACCUGGGCCGUUCCGUUUCAGGUCAUCCCACCCACCUCACCCCUUGUUUAAUUUAUUUAUUCCAUUCUUCUCCUUGGUGGUCCCUCUUCUAUUUACAGGCCUACCCGUACAUUGGUUUUGGCACACCACAAGCGACUUAUCACCACCACCAACUGAUACAUACUACUAUAAUAUUUCCAACCACAAACAUACACAUAGCUGAAACCUGUAUGCAAUAUAUAUAUAUCUCAAGUUACUGAUGUGUUCUGAAUUUUAUUCAAAAUAUUGUAUUGAUAUAGCUACAAAGUACAAACCGAAAAAAUCUAGAGUCCUAAAUAUUUUAGUGAUAUUUCAUUGUUUCCGUAAAUGACCUUUAAAGGUUAAACUUAAUCAUAAAACGUAUCCUAAGUAAUAAACCAUAAACAUGUAAUCCCAUUCAGAGAGUUCGCUGGGAUUCCAUAAAUAGUUUAUAGGGUAUUUAUUCACUCCAUAAGAAAUAGUAAUUAUAUUAAAUCCAAGUUAUGGAAUACGGGUGACGGAUGGCAAAAAUCAAAUACAAUCAUUAAAAAUGACAAGACAAGACACAUUUGCAUCAGCUGCUCAAGGAAAUAUAUUAUAUAUCUGUGCACCUCCGCUGCCGAGCCUUUCAUCGGGGAAAUACUUGGUCUAAUGAAUUCUAAGACCCAAUGCAUAAAUGAAUGUGGAAGGAUGAGACUGCAAAGAAAAAUCCAACCAAAGAGGAGAUGUGGGAAACCUUUAGGUGAAUCACAAAACAAACACUACAUAUAUUAAACACAAGAAGAGCUGAGAUUUUUCUUUGUCAUUGUCUGUAUUUUCAUUUUGUAAUAGAAAAUGGCUAUUUCACCUACAAAACCCCAUCACAUUCAUCUUACUGUAUUAACUACUUCGACAACCAGUCUUGACAUUAGUUUUGUAUUUCUACCCAGAAAUACAAAUGUCAGAGUAAUUAAAGGAACACUCCGGGCACCAUAACAACUUCAUACACAUGAAGAUGCUAUGGUGCCAGGAGUUGCCAGGAUGCUUUCCUACCUGAAGGGGUUAAACAGUUCUCGAAGCGUUGAGUGCCACCGCUUAUUGUUUGGCUUAGAGAGUCAGCUGACAGCUCCAGUCAAUCAGCGAAGCCAUGUUUCGGCAGCACUCCGCGCUUCUUGAUAGUCAAUUUCAGAAGUCGGAUGCUGCUGGGGGAAUUGGAGAUCAAGCACUGGAGGCAAUCGUUGGAGAAUAGUUUAGCCCCUUCAGGUAAGAAAGCAUCUGGAGACCUUCUGGCACCAUAACAACUGAAUUUCGAUGAGUGCCCAGAGUGUCCUUUUAAUUGCUGUUCACUGGAUGCAAUGCUUGAUUUGUGACCUUGGUAGUUUCCUAGAUCUUGUGUGAUGUUGGGAACGGAUGCUAAGUUCCUGACUCUGUUGUGGAGUAAUAAAUGUCAAAUAAAAAUGAUCUCUGAAGUGUUCAAUUAUAUACUCAAUGGAAAUUGCUGAAAUCAAAACAUAUGACAUGGAGGGAUUACCAUAGUUACGCAGGGAUGGAUACAGACUUCAUUCUACAUUCUACCUUACAAUUUCUUCUGCAUUCUGUACUGAACAUCAUUUUUUAUACUGUUUAGAAAACAAAAUACAUGUAAGAUUGCAAUGUAUUAACAUUAUUUAAAGGAAUAUUCCCGGCACCAACAUAAACACUACAGCCCACUCUUGUGGUUAUGGUGCCAGGAAAGCCUGCUGCCAUUGCACGGUAAGUAGUCAAACUGUUUUUGUAUGGUUUAGUAUUACCUGGGUCCUCUGAGUGCAUGGUUCUGCAUAAUGCUGUGUAGCGUUAAUUGUGCUGAAAGAUAAGAAAUUGGAGCCGUGGCAGCAGGGACGUGACAUAUCCAGGUAAUUUGGCAAUCCAUAAGAAAGCUAAUGUAGGAUGGCACCAGGGCACUUUUAGUACCAUAACCACUUCAACAAGCAUUUGUAGUAAUGGUGCUUGGAGUGUUUCUACAUCAGCAAAACAUGAGUCUUUAAUGUGUUUUCUUGUUUGUUUUGUUUUUUUUGAAGGGACUAAUAAACACAGUGAUAUUACAAAGUGUUGAUUUAAUUAUUCUAUUUCAGUGUAUUUCAGUAAUCCUGCAACUUAUAGUGGCAGCUCUGCUGAUCUACAAAGGAUCCAAGAACAUUGAGUGCGAUGAUCCCGAGCGCAGACUUAGUGACAGGUACGCAGAACAAUGGACAUCUUUAAUACUGCUGUGGGGAAGCUGGUGAAAUAAUGAUUCUUUUCUAAGGUUUUCACCUCAAUAACAUAUUGAUUGUUUCAAACGCUGGGAGGAAAUGUUAUAUAUCAUGUGUUUAUUUGUGUUUAAUUACCAAAUUUUUUAUGUUUUUAAUAUUCGCGUACUGUUAUUUUUAGCUGAAAAGAAACAAGGAUAUAAUGGUAAACAAUAUAGUUUAGCACACUAAGAUAUAAUAGGAACAUAUUUCAUUCUGUGCCUCUAAAGCCAUCUUUCUCCCACUGUUAUUAGGUUAAAGGGACACUGUAAAUACCAUAUCUAAUUCAGUUUAUUGUAUUGCUGGAGGUGCCUCACACUCAGAGAAGGGAUGACACAUUAUCACACUCCACUCCCUUUCUCAAUUUUAUAUUAAGUGUUUUAUACUAAUACUGCAAUAACUGCAAUGCAAUAAUAAUAAUAAGCAAAUGAUCACUGCUGGCUUCCAUAGUGAAGAGGGGGCCCAGAAGACCGACUCCUAGUUGUCCCUCCGGCAGCAUUCUCUCAAGAGCUCAGGCUUUGAGCGUUGCCGUGGGUUGUCAUGGCAACAUUCCACGUGGCACGCAUGCCAGUCUUGCAAGAGAGAAAAGGAGCUGCUGCCAGGCUAUCGGAGGGGGUCGAUGGAGGCUGUGCUCCUUCUUCACUAUAAAAGCAUGCAGAAGCCUACACUGCUCCACCAGGCUCAGCCACCGGCCCACCUUGAAGUGUAUUGUCAUUCUCCUUAGCCAUUGGUAAGUAGCAAGGAUGGGGAAAUAAAAUAAAAAUGCAAAUAGAUUUUUUUAAAUAAUUUUUUAAAAAGCCUCUGCCCCCAGAAAUGUAUACACACAUUGCAUCCACUACACACACACUACAUCCACUAUAAAACACACAUACAUUGCAUCCACUAUAAUACACACACUACAACUACUACAAAGCACACAUAUGCUGCAUCCACUACACACACACUACAUCCACUAUAAAACACACAUACACUGCAUCCACUAUAAAACACAAACUACAACCACUGCAAAACACACACAUACGCUGCAUCCACUACACACACACUACAUCCACUAUAAAACACACAUACGCUGCAUCCACUACACACACUACAUCCACUAUAAAACACACAUACACUGCAUCCACUAUAAAACACACACUACAACCACUAUAAAACACACAAAAGCUGCAUCCACUACACACACACUACAUCCACUAUAAAACACACAUACACUGCAUCCACUAUAAAACACACAAUACAACCACUAUACAACACACAUACGCUGCAUCCACUACGCACACACUACAUCCACUAUAAAACACACAUACACUGCAUCCACUAUAAAACACACACUACAACCACUAUAAAACACACAUACGCUGCAUCCACUACACACACACUACAUCCACUAUAAAACACACAUACACUGCAUCCACUAUAAAACACACACUACAACCACUGCAAAACACACACAUACGCUGCAUCCACUACACACACACUACAUCCACUAUAAAACACACAUACGCUGCAUCCACUACACACACUACAUCCACUAUAAAACACACAUACGCUGCAUCCACUACACACCCUACAACCACUAUAAAACACACAAACGCUGCAUCCACUACACACACACUACAUCCACUAUAAAACACACAUACACUGCAUCCACUAUAAAACACACACUAAAUCCACUAUAAAACACACAUACACUGCAUCCACUAUGAAACACACUACAUCCACUAUAAAACACACAUACGCAGCAUCCACUAUAUACACACAAACACACUGCAUCCUCUUUACUUAUCCUUGUAGCCACACUUGGGGGAAAGCUCAUGGGGCCCAGGCCUUAAGCUGUGUAAGAGGGGAAAAUGUCUAAUGGCAGCCCUGAUUCUGAUCCUGUUCUUCUCACACAGUGACUCACACUGGUCCCUUGAUUCUCACACAGUGACACACACUGAUCCUCUAAUUUUCACAAAUGCUGUCAAAGAGAGUGUUUUUAAAAAUCCUUUCAAUAUUCCCCUUGCUCGACGUGCAUUUAUUAUUAUUAUUAUUAUUAUUAUGUAAGAGUUAAUAGAAGGUAACAGAGUAACAUACAGAUUUGAGUAUCUAGUAAAGUAUCCAGUGUUGGUGCAGAGUGGUACACCCUCGUAAAAAUGAAAUAUCUACUGGAAACACUAUCUAGAUAAGUGAUUUAUUGCAAGUAACCAAUAACCUUAUCCGUGUAAUAAAGAACUCCCACUCAUCCUAGGUUUAUUUACUGCAAGCUAAAUAAUAUCAGAUCGUCAAUCAGCAGAUCUUUCUUUUAUUGAAAAUAACUUGUACUCAACUAAACCUUUCCAGGUUUUUGAAUUUUUGAAGGAAAGUCUAUCCCAAAAUCAUUGUAUGCUCGGAAAUGAUUCCAAUGAUGCACAGAGUCAUUUUAUGAUGUAAUGGUCAAAUUUGACUUGACUUUGACAUUUGAAUCAUUUAACGAACUGGUUACUGUAAUCGAGAAAGCACACAGUCCGAGGUCAUAGAAACCUUAUUAGCUAAUAGUACAGCGUAUUUAACAAAUAUGAUUGGCAGCUUUCUUGUAUUAGAUACAGGUGCUAAAUAUAGCUUCCUUCUCGGCACUCAUAAUGUUUUGCUCAAUGCAGUCUUUGCAUGGGUUCCCUUUGGAGCCUGCCACAGUGUUUUCGCAUCAAGUGUUUUGUAAUUCUCAAAAAAAUGCUAUCCAAGAGCAAUGUAUCAUUAUGAUAAAUGUUACUGUAGAGUUUCUUCAACCCAUCAUCAAUGACCAGGGCUGCCAUAUCAACCAUGUGAUGGUGCACAUAUAAUUUUUUCAUGCUGUUGGGUAGUCCAUUCUACCGGACCUCUACGUAGGGUAGGAUAGCUCUUCUCAUGAAUUGUUGCAUGAGGUAGCAAAAAGCAAAAAUACGAUAAAAUGUGGCAUUUGAUGGAUGAAAAGUUGUACAUGGAAUUAUAUUGGAUUUUUUGUAAAUGUGACUGAAGGUAAGAAUAAUGUGGUCUCUUUCUCAUCUUCCUAUGAGUUGCCACAAUGUGGUAUGAAGAGGUGGUAGGGGGUCUUUAUUUUGUCCUUCUCCUUACAGUAGUUUUGUUUGUAAUUAUAAAUGGAUAUUGCAUCCUGUCUGCAGGUAAAACACGUUGUUUUAAUAUACACCGAGUGUCAGUAUAAAUCACCACUUCUAGACUACCAAUCAAACAAAUAUGAUUUUGCAAAACAAAGGGGUAGGUGUAGGGCCUGGGGUGUCCUUAAAAGUUUAUGUAACGACAAAGAGAAAAAUAUGAGAAGCGAUAGUGUAAGUCUAUUGAUGAUGAGAAAAAUAAGGAAUAAGAUGUACACUUACACACGAGCAGUACGAUCCCCGACUACGGUGAUGCACACCACUCCGGUGCUUAAGUUGGAGCUGGCUUACAGCUCCAGAAAAGUUUAAGUGUACAUCGUAUUCCUUAUUUUUCCCACCAUCAAAUGGCUUACUACACUAUCGGUUCUCGGAUUUUUCUCUUUGUCGUUACAAAAACUUUUAAGAACAUCCCAAGCCUUACACUAGCCCCUCUGUUUUACUUGAGUUUUACUCAAUCGGAGAAGAGAGACGCCGGAUUUGGUUGUUGAGCUGCCGGACAAGACUGUAUCAUUAUUAUUCAAGUGCUGAAUUUUUUCUUCUAUUUUUACUCUCUAUAAAUAGGAGUUUGCAUUGCUGAGCAUUUAAAGGGCUGUCUGUACACUUUAUUCAAUGGAGUCUAAUGUACUCUUAAUUUUCCACUCAUGAAUAUACCACCGUACCUUUGACACCUGGAAACAACACUGCCCUUGGUGUAAUUAUUAGUAUGUCUGAUAGAUUAACCUGAUCAAUGAUUAUUAAGUAGUCGCAUUUCUACAUCACACCCACUGAUUACAGUUUGAAUUUUUCAUAUUCUUUUUUCAUAUAAUAAUAUUUAAAUCGACUUGAUUUGUGCUAAUAUGAAAGAGCUGUUAUACGGUUGUCGCUUCUCUUCACAGCAGGUUACUAAUAACAGAACAGACUGACACAUUCUCAAUCUCCUUUCACCCCCCGUGGUUAUGAGCUGCGUAAAAAAAAAAAUAGCAUUUAACAAUGUAAUUAGAAAACUAUUUUUACUGUGUGAUUCACACAAAAAAUAGUGAUUUAUGCCGAUACAAUCAACAUAUGCUGAUAGUGGGAUGUAUUAUACACUGCCUGUGAACAAAACAUAAGGGAUGCAUUGCUCUGGUGUUGACAGAUAAUGUUAAUUAAUGGGACUUAAAUUGGCAUUGCUAAAUGACUGAGCAUCAUGGGAAAUAUAGUCAAACAUAUCUGCAGUACCAUGGUUUACCAUAACUGGAUUAGAAAAAAAUAAAUCUGCCACUUUUUACAUGUUAGAGGGAAAUAAUGAAAUUUUGUUAAGAAACUUGCAAUAAAGUUGCCAUUUUGGGGGAUACGGGUGAAUUCUUAUUCUGUCAGACAGGGAUUGAAAGUGCUUGCAGAAUGUGUGAAAUCCAGUAUCUAUUUAUAUUGCUUCCUUUUGGCAACUGAGGCCAUGAUUAAUUGAUUGAUUUCCACCAGAUGUGCAUGAAUUACAUAAUUUGGGCAGGCAUCACUUUUAAACUCUGUCUGACAAAUUCAAAGAUUCAUAAGGUUCUUCCACAAAAAAAUAUUGAACUUACAGAUGUGUUUCCAGGAUGUAUGCCUUGUUCAUAUUGGCUCCUGCUAUCGGAGGUUUGCUCCGACUUACUGGGUGAGAAUGCAUCACUUUCUUAUAGAAGUACUGAGAUAUUUAUAUAAAAUACAAAGUGCAAAGUGACAUCUCGACUAAGGCAACAUUGCAUGUUUUAAUCAUCAUGUUUAGCUAGCGAGAAGCUACAUUGUUAGUGACCUUAGUCCAGGACCCUUAUUCAUUCUAGAUUGGCACAGCCUAGACAUUAAAGUGACAGCUGACGUGGACACACAGUACGUUCUGUUUCUGAAUAUGGCUUGUGAUGGUGGACAUGACCACUUAGACUUUUGUAUUCGUGAUACGAUCAUUGCUGCCGAACAGGCUCUAUGUUCUAAACAGCAUUGUAUGUCUAAAACGUUACAGAGUUAUAUAGUUACACUGAAAAGAGACAUUAAGUACAUGAAUUCUAACCUUUCCAAGUGCCUAUGUUUUUGUGUAGCAGAAGGCUGUAAUCCUGUAACACAAAUAAGAAAAUCCAGCGUAUAUGAGAUGUAUUUUAAUAACACAAAAAUAAACCAUGAUUCACAUCUAGCUCUGGAGCAACAUUAUUAAAUUUAAUAAAGUGUGUUUAGUUAAUCACCAUAACAUUUUACUGCCUGAAAUAUAAUGGGAUUCAUGAAAAUUCACUUAAAAUUCCCUUAUAUCUUUAAGGAUGGGGGGUAUGUUUUGCCAUCUUGCACGAGGCAGGCUUCAAUACCGUAGGGUGGCAUAGCACGCCCUAAUGAUUGGGCCUUCGAAACCGGAUAACUACCGUCCUUGCUAGAUCCGAUUGGUUAGACUGCCUGACAACCGAAGUAACGGUACAAGUUCAGAACUUGGACAACUGCCUCCAUCCUUAAGGGGUUCAAGUGGAUCUUCCAAAGGAAGUUCUGUGAUCAAUUUCAGAAUGGAAACAUAUGAAUCCCACAUUUAUUUUCAACAUCUAACCAACAGAAUUCAUAAGUGUCUCAAGAAUAAUACAGUGAUCUGUCAGGGCUUUCUAUAUGUUUCGAUGUAACAUGAUAAAGAUACUUGGGCUGAUUUUAAUUGACAACAAAGAUAGACUGCUUUUCACCCAAUAUUGAGCUACUACAAAAUUAGCUUAUUCCAAAAACAGUCUUCAGGAAAGAGUAAACUACCCACUAUAAAAAAAAAAAAAUUCUGGCAUUUAAUAAUAUCCACUAGAGGUAAACGUGCUCUUACAAAUUAUUGGAACAAUGAGGUUGUGAUCACGUUGACCGCAUUGACAGUUCGUCAUUAGCAGGUUGACAUGUAUCAGAUAUGGGAUUGUGACUUUGUUAAAUGUAAUGGCAUAUUGUAUGGAUACUCCACUUAACAAUAUACCGUCAUGCGGCAAUAAAUACUGUAUAAUCAAAUGUAUACAUUAAAUAGUUACAGGCAUAGAAGUGUUCCCCUAAUACAGUCCUCCUGUCCUUGCCAAGUCCUUUUGUCUUCCCAUCGCUGUAGUUUUGUUUGUAAUUAUAUUAACUCAAGACCCUUUUGUUCUGCUCGCUAGCCAUUCUUUGGGUUAAAUGGUUUUGGAUGUUUUACAAACAAAGUUGGUCAAGUUCCUUUUUUUGCUUGUAAACCACGUAACAGCUUUUGGUGUAAUUUGAACAAUUUUCCGUAUUGGAAUCUUAAUACGUAGUUAGAUUUCCUGGUCAACGGGAUAUAGCAACACCACAAUUACCUAUAUAUAGAAAGUCUAAUUAUGGCCUCAUUAACCAAUUAUCCAUGCCAGCAGCCAAUUAAACUAUCAAUCAGACACUCAUUUGUGACAAGUCUAAUGAGCUGACUGACAACAAUAUACAAUCAUCUCAGGCUUGUAAGACCACAUUGCAAAGCACCUGCCUAUUUUUAGGACUGUUUAACUAAUUUGUACCCAACAAUUUCCAUUUGUUUGAUAUUAACCGCUAUUUAGUCAUAACGUUAAAGACAUAUAAUACAAAUACUGCAAUUAUGUAUUUAUCGAUGUACAUGUAUUCCAAUGACAUCAGGACACAAUGUUUAAUAUAUGAUUUAUUCACGCAGACAACUAUAUUUUGCAAAACUAAAAUUCACCACUAGGUGAAAAAAUGGCGCUGAACACAAGUUAACAUGGUCAAAUUUCAAAAGGACAGUGGCUAUUUGAAACAUAACAGGAAAAAUUGUGAAUUGUUAUUAGAGCAGCAAGCUUGCUUUAGAGGAAUACUGUAAGUACUGUAAUACAGCUUAUUAAAGUGGUUAUGGUACAUUCCUAAGCACAUAUAGCUCAAUCCUUCUGCAGCCGCAUAUAUAAAAUGAAAUUUAAACUUCUGUAUUAUCAUUGCUCCCAGCCAAUCAUUGGUGUCCAAGGCUGGGCAAUUUCACAGCAGGUAUUAUUAGGAAAUGGUGCCCCUAGACUUAUUGCAGAAUAACUACUACGAUGAUCUAUUGGUAAUGCUGCAUAGAUUGCCCCUUUAACCGAGUGGCUUGAAUUCCAUACUGAUUUUGGUAGUGUAUUAGCUAUCAUGGAUCUUUAGGUAACAGUACUUAUCCAUAAUUCUACAACAAGGAGUUUGAAAAAGAUGGGGGGCAAAGUGUUGGCUGGCUGAGCAUUACUGAAGUUGUAGUUCCAACAGUUUCUGUAAUUCCUUUUGAGAAGCCACAGAAUAUUUGAUCAUUCCGUUAAAGAACUAAGCAUAGUUCUUUAAAGUAAGUAUCCAAAAGAUUUAUACCCACAAAUAUGAUGCAGUCAUUAUGUGCAUCUCCCCAGCCAAUCACAAAUAUUGGCUAGACAACAAAAAACAGUGAUGUGCAAAAAAUAAAAUAGAAUAUAAAAUCAAUAAACAUAAAAUUGCGUGAAACACAACAAAAACAGGAUUGAUAUUUUCAUGCAGAACACAUUAUUAUCGUCAAUAUUACGGCCAAAUGUUCCACUAAAAAUCUGAGUAGAUUUAUGUGCCCUGGUAACUGUAAGUUUUAAACUGAAAAAUCUUUAGAUCACUAUUUUUUUUUUUUUUUUUUAAAUGUACGGCAGGCAGCACUUUGUUUCCCAUACAAGUAACCCAUAAUGCAUGGAGAAAAACUUUGAUUAUGAAAAAAACAUUCAAAAUAAAACACACUGGAAUGCAUUAUUUUGUGGAGUUUACAUGUUUUUAUGCUUAUUGAUUUUAUUUUCCUUUUUAGUGACUCAUGUUUUUGUUAUUUUACAGCUUGCUACUUUUUAAGCAAUCACAUACUCUAUUUAAAGUCUAGCACAUGUCUACAUUGAAAUCAGUGUUACCCCAUAGGUGCACAUAAAUGUGUGAUAUAUAUAUACAUAUAUAUCACAGCAGAUCCUAGCUAACUAUAAAUGAGUAGGACAUUCCAUUCUAUAGAUCCUAGCUAACUAUAAAUGAGUAGGACAUUCCAUUCUAUAGAUCCUUGCUAACUAUAAAUGAGUAGGACAUUCUAUUCUAUAGAUCCUUGCUGUAACGGCACCCCCAGGCAUAAAAGGGUUAAACCGCCGUUUAGAUGAUCUUCCCCUUCCAGAGACACAGGCACAGAUACUGUAGACACCAAUCCACCGAACUGGAGAAGCAUAUGAAUGCCGUAAACAGCUGAACCGGAACCACACAAAUGCUGUAAACAGCCGAAUAGGAAAAACCAUACAAAUAGGUUUACACUCCUAGCAGUCAAACUGGAACAGCAUACAGUAAAUCCCCCCAAGAACGAGACAAAGCUCUGUGUUGAGGGUCAAGCAGUGAACAGACAGAGCUGUAGGUUUAUUGUUCUUAUAUACACAUUAGUACCACCCACAGGGUUUGGGAAAACAACCAAUAAACACAUACAAUACACUCAGACACUCCCAUACAAAAUCCUCCCCUCUGUCUGUGAUACAAUUACCUCACACAAUGGGUUAAUGUAAUUAUCACAGGCAGAGAAAUACAGUUUUUCCACAUUAUUCAUAACUUUAAAAGUACACAUCACAUUCACGUAAAACUUACAUUUUCAGAAUCAGCAUACUCCAAAUACAAGCAUAUGUCAAUAUCAUCCAAACUGGUCCAUUGGUUCAAACCAGUUCCACAGAGUCUUCUAUCCUGGAGAUAAUUGGGAAGUAAUCCAAGGACAGAGGCAAAACUCCAUUAAGCACAUGGCAGUAAAAAGACAGUAAAAUACAAUAAAAUACACAAGGUUACAUUUAUUACAUAAAAUACAGACAUGCAACAUAUCCCCAGAUAGCUUAGGUCUGAGCGCACAUUAUUACUGAAUGGCGCUCAGACUACACACAUACAGUUCAAUUGCCAUGGAGCCAAAGUCUUUUAUUACACGAAUAGGCUCCAUGGCAUAGCUAUCUGGGUUAAAUGAGUUAAUUCAGUAAAUCUGAAAAUCUACCGAACGCCAGGGCAGAAAUACAUGAAUAGACCUUUCUGCUAGGAAAAUAAAGUAUUUAAAUGCCGGUCCAUAGUCAAAAGGCAGCAGGCAGGCAACCAGGCUCCUCCAAUGCACAGUGGCGAGAUUGGUCUCGUCACACUUGCUAACUAUAAAUGAGUAGGACAUUCUAUUCUAUAGAUUCUGGCUAACUACAAAUGAGUAAGACAUUACAUUCUAUAGAGCCGGACUAACUAUAAAUGAGUAGGACAUUCCAUUCUACAGAUCCUAGUUAACUACAAAUGAGUAGGACAUUCCAUUCUAUAGAGUCGGACUAACUAUAAAUGAGUAGGACAUUCCAUUCUAUAAAUCCUGGCAAACUAUAAAUGAGUAGGACAUUACAUUCUAUAGAUUCUGGCUAACCGUAAAUGAGUAGGACAUUCCAUUCUUCAGAUCCUAGCUAACUAUAAAUGAGUAGGACAUUCUAUUCUAUAGAGCCUGGCUAUAAAUGAGUAGGAUAUCCCAUUUUAUAGAUCCUGGGCAAGUAUAAAUGAGUAGCACAUUGCAUUCUAUAGAUCCUGGCUAGCUAUAAAUGAGUAGGACAUUCCACUCUAUAGAUCCUAGCUAAAUAUAAAUAAGUAGGACAUUCUAUUCUACGCAGUCCUGCUAAAACAAAAUGAGGACAUUGCAUUGUGAAUAGCUAAAUAUAUAGGAUAUUCAUUUUAAGAGAGCAUGGCUAAUUGCAAAAGAAUAGGACAUUCAGUUCUAUAUGGCUUGACAUAAUAUGCAGAAUAUUCCAUUCUACAGAACCUGAAUAAUGAUAAAUGAAUAGGACAUCACAUUCUGUAGAACCUGAUUAAUGUUAAAUCUACAGGACAUUUCCAUCUACAGUUCACUGGUUUUGUUAAAGUAAGAUAUUCUUCUUCUGGCUAACCACACAUGACUCUGUCAUAUAAAAAAGACCAAAUUAAUAGGUUAACAUAUAUAUUCAUUGAUCUUCAAAUAGUUAAUGGAAGAAUUCAUGAAUUUAAAUAUAAUUAUUUUCUAAUGGAAAUACCGUAAAGCCUCUUAGCUUACUCUCAUGCAUCAUGUUCCUCUUGGAAUCAUGGAUGAAUCCACCAUCAUAGGGUAGACUUUCAUGUUCUGUUCAUACCCCCUGUGUGAUUUAUUUCUUACUUGGGUACAAUCAGGAGAAAGAAUAAGGCUCUUGCUUUUAUUAUUAAUGUCCGGUGAGAUUUGCUGUAUAUACCUCAUGGAAGCUGCAAUUAGUUGAGCAAAAAUAUGAUAAAACUGAAUAAAAUAGAACAAAAAAUUCAAUGCCCAUUUUAAAGACUGAAACUGGUGACCCUUAGCUGAAAAUGAGACAUAUAGGAUAAUCGUGAACUGCAAAGCACUAACGUGCAGUGCCGAUGGGAGUAAAGAGGGAUGAGCUGGGGGCUGGUGUACCCGCAAUCAGGCUGCCCACUGCUGGAGGGAGACCUGUCAGUCUCUCUUUCUUAAUUGACAAAAUUUUGGAUGAAUGCCCGCCUCCACACGCAAGGCCCACCUCCUGAACGCAAGUCCCGCCUCCACACACGUUGCUGACCUCGCUCUAAAGAAGGGCUUCAAAAUGGCAACUUCACCUACCAGUAUGCUUGUAUGUGUGUGUCAGUGAGCUUGUCCAUAGUAAGCAUGUGUGUGUCAUUGACCUUGUCUGUUGGAAGCAUGUGUGUGUCAGUGAGUGUUUCUGUAGGGAGCAUGUACACACUCUACAAGCUGGAUGUUUUGUAGGGAGCAUGUACACACCCUACAUGCUGGCUAUAAAGUAGUCCUUAACUACACCCCAUUAAAGAGAGUUUCCCCUCGCAGGUAUUAUUCAAAAACCCUCAUAAACUAUCCAUAGUGAUGAAAAAAUGUACAAUAAAUUAUAAAGUUGAGAGUGAGCCUGACGCGCGUUUCGACGCUACUACAGCGCCUUCGUCUGAGGCAAUGUCUUGCCACCCCAGAGGAUUGAGUAAUAUAGAAACACAUAAUAUAUAUACUAUAUAGAAACACAUAAUAUACACAUAAUAUAUAUAUUAUGUGUUUCUAUAUUACUCAAUCCUCUGGGGUGGCAAGACAUAGCCUUACAUAUUACAUGUGACAAUACAUGGCACAAUGACUUAUGGGCCUGGCAUAGAUUUUUUUUUCCCAGGGCUUUUUUUUUUUUGUGUCCCCAGUCCGACCCUGCUAACGUGUGAUUGGUUAGUUAGCACAAAACACUAACCUUCAAAGAUAACUGGUCUGCACUAAAUAUUAUACUGUGUCAGUACAGUGUGACCCGUGAUAGGGAUUGCAACGAAUUAAACAUGACAAAAAUGAACAUCUGCAACAAUAACAGAAGAGAAAAAGGUGCAUUGAACAGAACAAAGCCAGGCACAUCCGCUAACAUAAAAAUGCAUUUGGUUUUCCUCUAAAGAGGUUCUGAUGGAUCUGCCCUGACAAUUUCUUAAUAAUUGUUUAUUUAUUCAUUAACUUAUGCUGUGCUAUUUUGGCUAACUACAGAGGAACAAAAAAGUCCAUCAUGCCAUCAAAAAGCUAGCAUUAGGACAGAUGGUAUCCUAGAUUUGCAAAGAGCUUUGGGUAAUUAAAAGAAGAUUCAUUAUGUAAGCAUAUUCGUGUACACUGUUGCAAGAGAUCCUAUAUAUUCAGCCGUAUCACAUUCUGUCCGUGUGUUCCAUGGGAAUAUGGCUUAAACGUACUCUGUACAGAAUUAGAUCAUCUCUAUUAUCCCUCGUCCUGUGCGUUAGGUUGACAUAUUAUUAUUAUUUAUUUCAUUUUUUUGCAGAGAGGUGGAGGAUUGAGUUGUAACCCUUUAAAUGCCAUUGUAAUACUUGGCAUAAUGUGUUUAAUAUCUCGGACAAUGAAAGGUUUGCAGGUUCAUCAUAUCGUUAACACUGCAAACAAUAACAUAACAAAAUCAAAAUUAGCUUUUUUGUUUGGGGGAGUAGUGUACAAUGUUCUACAAGGGAACAUUGCGAUAUGCUGUUCCUGUUCAUUUGAUACUUUGUACAGUUCUUUAUUAUCAACCGAUAAGUGAAAAUGUAAAAUUGUAAGUAGUAAAAUUGUAUCUUAGUAUUAAAUAAAAAAUGUAAAGUCCAUCUGAGGUGAUCAAAGGUUAAACACAACUAGGUUAAUUAUCGAAAAAUUUAAAAGACAAGAGAUGAGGCUAUUAAAUGGCUCACAAAAAAUUCAGUGGGCAUCGAAGGGGUGUGAAUUUAGGAACCUUUGACCUGAUAAGUUACCGGAGGUAGAAAGAAUUCUGGAAUGGUACCAUCAAUCACCAGCAACAGGCUGACCUCACCCUGGUCCAGUUACCUGGGGGGUGAGGGGGUAGAGGACAGAAAGAAUUGAGUAGUGUCAUUUUUGUACCAUGAUAAUUGAUACUUUUGCUCACUGCAUAUAUCAGAAAGGGUGUUUCCCCUGACCCUUCUGCAUUUUAUUCCCGCAAAGACUCCAGCAGGAGCACAGGUUGGAUUUUGAAUGGGUGAUCUAUGGCCCACAUAACUCUGGCUGCAAAUACCAAAAGACGUGAGCUGACACUAAUUUGAUAAUCCUUUUUUAUUUGAGCCAGGGGCUUGUGUCACCCUUUUCCUCACCAUUAUCUCAUUAAAUAAUGAGCUGAGGCUACCAGUAAAAAUUCAUUUUCUGGCAAGUGUGCUUUUCUUUUUUUUAUUUUAAAUAAAUUACUUCAAUUGUUUCUGGACGUACAACUAGAUUAGAGUUAGCCAACAGGUAAUUGUUUUAAAGGCAAUUUUCUUGGUGUUAAAAGUAUAGACAUGCAUAAUAUAUUUAUAUAUAUAUAUAUAUAUAUAUAUAUAUAUAUAUAUAUAUAUAUAUAUAUAUAUAUAUAUACAUAUAUAUAUAUAAAUUAUAUAUCAUCAUGUAAAGGUUACAUGCCUGUAGCCAAGUUAUACUGCAGAAUAGGAAAGACACUAACAUACUUUGGGACUGAACAUGUGGUUGGCCACAGAGUGUGUACUUGCUACAUAACAGCGACAUUUAGGAAACGCAAUUAUCAACCUGGUGUUGUGUUUACAAACAACUAAAUAAUCAUACUCUAUAAACAAAAGUGAAAAUAACUUCAGAGUGGUAAAAAAAACAACAACAAUUAAAACACACUAUAGACAGUAGGCAUUGGUGCUUUUUAAAUAUAAUCCAUAUCGUCAGACAAAGCUUAGCUAAAGGUCAUAAGACUUUUAGUACCUCACCUUUCGUACUAUCCUUUGUGUUAGGUGCUCAUGAUAGUACAGAGUAAAAUACCAUAAUUAAAUGUAGGAUAGUAAAAAGGGCAAGUCGGUUGUGGUGUGCCGGAACCGACGAUGAGGUAGGCCUGAGAAAGAAGAGGGCCUACCCAGGAAAAAGCAAUAGAAAGGAAAUAAAUGUUAAAAUGUGGUGUGGUGGGAGGGUCAUACAACGCUGACCUCGAACGGUAAGGAGCAAGGUAAGGGGUGUGCCUUAAGUAGGCUAGGAGUGUAUACCAAGCACCUCCCACAAAAAACGGAAAAUUGCCUUAAUACUUGUGUUAGGUGCUCAUGAUAGUACAGAGUAAAAUACCAUAAUUAAAUGUAGGAUAGUAAAAAGGGCAAGUCGGUUGUGGUGUGCCGGAACCGACGAUGAGGUAGGCCUGAGAAAGAAGAGGGCAAAAAUUAAGUAAUCACAUUUAUUACAGACAACCAAUACAGAUACAUAUAUCAACCAGACAUGUUUUUGAAAGCAUCCCUAAAUUCUUGUACUGGGUUCGGUAUGUAUCGUGAGUAAGCGGAUGACUUCCAGCGCCCCGGUGUUUUUAUAACAUGAACUGGAAUGUUGACACUUGAGGCUGUGGACGCUUCCUAUGCGGAAGGAGUGCCAUGAGUAGUUAGCUGCUUUGAGGCCCAGUUGAGUGAGCAAAGACCUGACAUAGGUCAUGAAGGUUGUAGUGGUGAGUACCGAACUUUGUAAUAGUAGUAAUGGUUGUGAUGUUAUUGAAAUAUGAUGCUGUAGGUAUGCAUCCAGAACCUUGACGGGCACCACUUGUUGUGCGUGGGAUAGUAUGGAAUGUUUACUGGUAUGUGCUGGCUGGUUUUGGAGUGAGGUAGCGUCAGGAUGUAAUGAUCCAUGUGUUUUGUUAAGUGGGAAUAGAGGAGAAUAGGAGCAGAUUGUGUUAUGUUGGUUGUAGUAAACUCUCUAGGUCUUAGGAAUCCAUAGAAAGCUAUGUAUAUUGCUGCUUUGAUGACAGAAUUUGUAUUGGUGUCAAAAGGUUUUAAAUCAAGCAGGUUAGAUAAUGCUUUGAAGAUAUGGUUAUCUAUGGGUAGCUUCUGUGAUGUAGGUGUGGGUUCAGAUUUCUGAAUGCCUCUGAGUAUGGUCUUGAUCUGGUGAGAGGCCAUGAAACUAGUGUUGUUAGGUUGUAAGAUUAGCAUUUGGUGUUGAAUGCCUGUGAGAUAAAGUUUGAUGGUGUUAUAUGACAUUUUAAGUUUAAGGUGGCAAAAAGAAGCAAAACCCAAAAAAGAUGUCAUAACAAAUGGUUGCAUGAUGUUAUGUUCCAAAAGGAAUCUUUUGAAUAUUGUAAAAGCCCUGUCGUAUGUUUUGUGUGUAUUCUUUGACAGUGCCAAUUGAGACAGUGUCCUGCUAUGAUGCAUGAUGAUAUCUAGUCCAGUAUUAGUUGUUGAAAUGUUGGAGUGGUAGUGGCUGUGAGCGCAGCUGACGGGAGUGCUUGAUGAAAUGCCUGAAAUUUAAAAUGAGACAAAUGUCAGAAGCUGUGUUACAUAUUCCUGGAACAUGGAAACAAUAUAGAAAGAAAUUAUGACAAGCUGCUAACCACGUGAGUUUCCUCAGAAAUCUCACGAUCGUAAGGGAUUUGGAGCGACCUUUGUUGAUGAUGUGACAGGUUGUCUGGUUGUCUGAGUAACAACAAACUGGCAUAUUUGCCCAUAAAUGACCCCAUGCUAUGGCAGCCGCCACAAUGGGAUAGAUCUCAAAGAGAGCUGAGGUAGUGGAAAAACCUUUCAAAUCCUGAACUGCUGUAGGCCAGCUUCCCCAAAGCCAUUCGUUCCCAAAAAUUGCUGCAAAACCUGUGGUAGAUGCUGCAUCUGACCAAAUAGUAGGUGAUGAGUCAGUCAAUUGAGGGAGGAACAUACUUUUACCAUUCCAAGUGGUUAAAAAUUCCUUUCACAUGCGUAGGUCUGCCGUAGCUUGGUUAUCUAAGGACAACCUGUGUGUGUCGUGUAGGAAGCGUGGAAAAACAUACAAGAGUCGUGAUAUGAAGGAGCGGCCUUGAGGUAUGAUACGCAUGGCAAAAUUUAGUGACCCCAGCAGGGACUGUAGCUCUUUGCGGUUGCAAGUACCGAGCUGAAGGUAGCGGUUGAUGUAAGUAAGAAUGUUCUCUAUCUUGUCAUGUGGUAGGCUUGCUUGCAUUGUGGUUGAGUCUAAUUGAAUACCCAGGAAAGUGAUAAUCGUGUCUGGCCCCUCCGUUUUCUUAGGGGAGAUUGGUACACCUAGUUGCUCGAAUAGCUUGGUGGUAGCUUUGAGGCUUCUAGGAGGGGAAGUAUUUUCCUCGACCAGUAAGAAGUCGUCCAGGUAAUGUAAUACCGUAGGGCAUUUGGCUAUGUUCAAUAGUAACCAGCACAAUGCUUCGGCAAAUGUGUCGAAAAUAGCUGGGCUACUUUUGGACCCAAAAGUUAAACGGGAGAAAAAAUAUUAGUUCCUGGCCCACUUGAUUCCAUGCAGGUGCCACAGUGUGGGGUGGAUUGGUAGCAAUUUAAAGGCAUUAGUAAUAUCGGUCUUACUAAGCCAGGCUCUGACCCCUGCUUGUAUGAUCGCUGUAAUGGCGUGAUCUAUGGUGGUGUAUUGCAGGGAGAAUUCCUCGGAGGGUAUGAGGGAAUUAAGACUGGGGUUGGCCGAUGAGUGUGGUGCAGACAAGUCAAUGAUGAGUCUCUGUUUAAGGGAAGAUUUCCCUGUGACAAUACCAAUGGGGUUAGUACGCCAUUCUUUGAAUGGAGGAGCUUUGAAAGGCCCCGAUACGAAACCCUCAGCAACUUCUUGGGCUAUGAGAGUGUCAACAGCUGUGGGAUUAUGUUGUGCGGAUUGUAGAUUAAGGCAUUCCAGAGUCCCGGUUGGUAUGUGUAGAAUACCCGUGUGGAAGCCUUCUGUUAAACCAGAGAUAAGAAAGUCCACCAAGUAUUUAGACGGGUGAUGUGACAUAAAUGCAGUAAACACCGGCAUAUUGAUGGACGUGAGGUAAGGCUUAGAAUACAUUUUAUUUGGACACAUGGUUUUUGCAUGUGCCCUAAAACAUUUUAAGCAGAUAUGCAAUAAUCUGCAACCGCUAUAAUUACAAGACCCAACAUUGAAAUUAUUACAUAUUGUGGACUUGCCCAGGAACUUGAUCGGGCAUCCCAGUUUGUCUCUGGUCACUUUCUCUGGAACACCAGAGGAACUAGCUCCUUGCGUGGAGGCAUGCUCGUCAGCCGUGUUGGGACAGAAAUUUGUCGUAUGGGCUGUAGAGGAGCAGUAUGCACAAGCCAGUGUUCUCGGACCUGCAAAGUGUCUGCAAAAUAUGACGGUAUCUAUCCUUCCCCAGUUGGAUCUUGUUCCAUACUGGGAGAACGCUCCAGACACUUUUGCAGAAAAAGACCUAUGGUAGUCAUAAAAGGCUGAACCACCAUAUGUGUUGCCCAGGUCUACCAGCUUGUGCAUAUAAAGAUCAAACUCCUCAUUCUAUUGGGAUAGACCGCACAGGUGACAUCCCGGUAAAUACCAAAGGCCAGUACAAACACGGGGAUAGUCAGUUUCCUGUUUAGGCGGGCGUCCCUACAUCUGACAACAACAGACACAUCAUCAUAAGCAUAAGUCUUAUUCUCCACAAUAUCCUGGGAGGCAAUCAGCAGAGAAGCUAGGUUGACAUCUUUACCUUCUUUUUAUGUGCUCAGGGAUCAUAUGAGCAGGGCUAACUUCCUGGUCAUCCGAGGUGAUGGUUGGAGGAACCAAUAGCAAGUCGGCUGGUGCUUGUGAAGCAGCAGCAGGUGGCCCUGCUAGAGUAAGGGCCGUGGUGACCGACUCAAGUUUCUCCAACCUGGAGUUGACCUUGCUCAUGGAGGCCAUGAGUGAGGAUAACAUGGAAUGUACGUCUCCUGGGUUGGACUGGCUAGGUCCUUCACCGGGAUCCAUGUUGUUAUUUGAGGUACGUAGCAGUUUGAAAAGUUCUGCUUUCCUUGCUGUAGCGGGGUAGGGGAUUUGCCGUCUCCUUAAUUUGGUAGUUAUACGAGGGAUCGUCCAGGAUCUGAUCGAUGCUGGACUAUUUACCUCUCCUCCUUGUGUAGGAGUGAUAGCUCUAGCUGGAGUGCUAGGCAGGGAGAAAUCCUCUACCCCUUCCUGAGACAUACUAUAACCAAAACAAUUAAUUAGUGUAUGAAAAACCACCAAAAUCGUACUGGCAGGCUAGCUAAGCCGGAUAGCGAAACAUUACACUUGUUUGGUGACAAUUGAGGCCCUACUAGUUGCCAAGUGGCUUGAGAGGCUCUAUCUAUGCGUUGGCGCGAGGGGAUUUGAGGCCACCCAUCGUAGUGGCAGGAAUUUUAACCCUUUCAGUGACUGUAACAUAGAAAACAGGGGAAGGGAGUGACAGGUGAGGCCCUCUCUAUGCAACAUGCGAGGCGGCUAUCUAACGUGUGGCCCGAUGGGUUUUUGCCUCUGAAACAUUGAGGCGGGGUGUUGGCCUCGCGGGACCACUAACUGAUGGCAAUGCCAAGAGCAUUGGGAAGCCUAUGACCCUAUUGCCAGUACUCUAACCUAGGGGGGAAGAAAUUAAAUGUAUGGCAGAAUACCAUAUGAGCAGGUGUACGUACCUGGUAGUAUGUAUAUCUCACAGGAAACCGUGUGAUGAAAUAUCUAUUUAAACCUGGACAGCCUGAAAAUGGGUAAAAUAGAGUAGAAUAGUGAGUGUGGACUGUGUGGGAAUGAAGUAGACUGUGUAGCACGUACCAGUGAUGUUUUUUAAGGCUUGCUUGGCAUAUUACUUGGUAAAUGAAGUGUAGUGAUAUACCAUGAGAGUAUAAAUGUGUUACUAAGGCAAAGUGAUGCUGUGUCUUUAAUGCACAGUUCUGUAUAAAACAGUGGGGAAUAUAUGAUGGUGUCAAAUAGAAAAGAACAUGGAUGAGGGAGCCUGUGGCCUAUAUUUAAACAGCGUUAUGUAUGAUAUGUAAUAGAAUAACAAAAAAGGGCAGGGAUACACAAAAUGCCUUAAAGUGAUGUAAAGUUAUAUAUAUAUAUAUAUAUAUAUAUAUAUAUAUAUAUAUAUAUAUAUAUAUAUAUAUAUAUAUAUCUGUAUUGAAAAAAGACGUAUGAUUGGUUGGAUCAGUACGUGAUUCAACCCGAGAAUUUAUUGCUUGUAAAAGGAAACUGUACCCUUAUGUAUGUGUCGUAGUUAUAACACAGAAAUGAGGCUUGUAAUGUAGGCUGAGUCCAUUUGAAUGAAUGGGUAAGUAUGGCAGACCCCUGAAAGUGUGGGAGUCAAAAUGAUCCAUACAGAUAAGUAAGCUUGGUUUUGCAUGGACAUAAUACAAUACUGAUACCUUUAAACAGUAAUAGAAAUAAUCUGUCUAUUUAACCCCUUAAGGACACAUGCCAUGUGUGACAUGUCAUGAUUCCCUUUUAUUCCAGAAUGUUGGUCCUUAAGGGGUUAAACAAGCAAUUCGUUAACAUAUGUAUGUUAUAUAAAUAAAAUGGUGAAUGUAAUCCACGAAAGGAUUAUGCGUAAUACAUAGAAAUAAAAUCGAAACCCAAUGUGAGGGAAAACAGAAGUUGGAACGAAUAGUUUAAACGUAUGAAUUUUAUGCGAACCGCAAGCGUGUUUGAGCGUAUCAUGAAAAAGUGCAGAACAGCAAAACAACCGAAAUGAUAAUCUGUUUCAAUGUAACAUGGAAUAGUUAUUUGCGAAAUGACUACUUAUACGAAUAUACUGGUUAGCCGAAUGACCGUACCAAUGAAAACCGCGAACGGCUUGUACAAUUUGUGACAUAACAGGGAAAAACCGUAAAGCGAGGACCCGUGCUGUACCGUACGCCGUGGGAACCGAUCCUGGCGUGACAGGUAGGUCUAACUUACGGUUUAGGAGUUCCUGGGACGCGAUCUACGACGAUGACCGGGGUCAGAAGAAGCUGGACGGACGGAAAAGGCCUGAACAGGAUUCCUGGAUACAAUUUGCCGCGGAAAAACCUUGUGGAUACUGAAAAAACAAGAUGGCGUCUGAGAGAACCCGGAAGUGGAUCCCCUUCAACGCUGACCUUGAACGGUAAGAAACAAGGUAAGGGGCGUGCCUUAAGUAGGCUAAGAGUGUAUACCAAGCACCUCCCACAAAUCCAGGCAAAUUGCCUUAAUACAUAUAUAUAUAUAAAAAUUAUAUAUCAUCAUGUAAAGGUUACAUGCCUGUAGCCAAGUUAUACUGCAGAGUAGGAAAGACACUAACAUACUUUGGGACUGAACAUGUGGUUGGCCACAGAGUGUGUACUUGCUACAUAAUAGCGACAUUUAGGAAAUGCAAUUAUCAACCUGAUGUUGUGUUUACAAACAACUAAAUAAUCAUACUCUAUAAACAAAAAAAAAAUAACUUCAGAGUGGUAAAAAAAAAAAAACAACAACAAUUAAAACACACUAUAGACAGUAUUGGUGCUUUUUAAAUAUAAUCCAUAUCGUCAGACAAAGCUUAGCUAAAGGUCAUAAGACUUUUAGUACCUCACCUUUCGUCCUAUCCUUGGUCUAAAUCAUAAAUGGAGGACCACUUCAAUUAUAUCUCUUGUUUAAAAAUUAGAAUUUAAUUGCUAGGCAUAGACUAUUUUGCUCAGGUGUUGGAUCCUAUAAACAGAGACACUGACAUUGGUGAUUUAAUUUUGCUAUAGACCUCGAUAGAUGAAUAAACAAUGCAUUGCCAGUGUUAUACUUAUCAAAGGUCAUUGAAUCCAGGCAUAAAGCUAUUGAAAUUUUUUUUUUACUUUGUCCUUUGAAAUGUUCUUCUGACAAUGCAAGAAUAAAGAGUUUUUCUGAUUGCCUCCUAUUGACCUGGUUUCUGUGGAUCACUAUUUCUGUAUACAAUUACGUUUACCGUGUGGAUUAUGAAAUGUUAAUAUCAUGUAACAGUGACCAUCCUUGAGGAACCUUGAGGAACCUUGAGCAAUCUUCUGUCAGAAACCUUUCUGUCACAGCAUUGGGGCUCCAAAUAUUGUCCUAGAUCAAAUAUAAUAGUUACAAUUUCUACAGUGGCCAUCAGUUCUAUUGUACAAGCCGCUUAGCGCAUAAGGUUGGUGGUUAUCUGCUAAGAUCAUACAAUGCAAUACCAUCCACAGUUCUAAAUUAAAGUUUUAGGUCCAGGGGACAAACUACAAGGUUUGAACUGCAAUUUACUUUUCUGGAGUCUUGGCACUUUUCGCAGCUAAUUGAGAGUAAUUGGCCGGUCAUCUCAUUUACAUGUAAUUAGUUCAGUUGAAAAUUUUACGCAAUCGAUUUGCAUAAAUAAAUCUGGAUUUAAGAUCAUGGUUUAAAAAUAUCUCAAUAGGUCUUUUGGUUAUAAUAGUCAGGGGUCCCAGUGACUUCAAAUUGCACCUAAUGCUUUGACUAUGAGUUAAGCCUUUUUACUGAAUCAUCAUGUAAACAGAAUGCCUGGUCAGUAUAUAUUUUUAUCCAUCUACAAUUUCUGGGCGUUCUCUUCCACUAACCUCCAUCGAGCUUCUACAGAAUCAGUUGGACUGGCGAAAACCCAUGCACGUCUUUUUUACCUUUAGUAAAUCUGCGAAAUUGCCACGUAGUAUGAAUUCGGUAAUUUUCAUAGGAUUUUGUCCAUUCAGACAAAAUCUGGUGCUUAGUGAACAACACUGUUUUACAUCUAUAUUAAAUAACGUUGGAUUUAGAUCAUUUACAUCAUGGCAAAUGAUUUAGACACACUGCUAAGAUAUAGGCUUCCAUUACAUUGUCUAUAUAUAUAUAUAUAUAUAUAUAUAUAUAUAUUUCCUAUGUACAUAUACACGGAUCAGUCACAACAUUAAAACCUGCCCUAAUAUCACGUAGGUCCCCCACAAAAUAGAUCUGAUGCGUAGAGGCAUGGACUUCACAAAACAUCUGUAUGUGCCCUGUGGUAUCUGGCACCAAGACAUUUGCAGAAGAUAAUUUAUGUCCUGCAAGUUGCAAGGUGGGGCCUCCACUGGAUCUUUCUGUGGUGGACAGGGGUCAUCACGGAUAAUCUGACCAGUCUGCAGCUAAGCAGCCCCAUACUUAGCAAACCAUGAUGCACUGCAUAGUCUGACACCUUUCUAUCAUGGUCAGCAUUAACUUUUUUAGCAACAGAGCUACAUUCGUUAUUUUGUGUGAUUGGACCAGACAGGCCUGGGGCUCCCAUGACCCAUGAUGCCGGUUGUCCUUCCUUGCACCACUUUUGGUAGGUAUUAACCACUGCAUAUCGGUAACAUCCCACAAAACUGGCUAUUUUCUAGUCAUCACUAUUUAGUCUGUGUCAAAGUCACAGAACAACAGAUAAUACGAAGAUGUAACUAGUCUCAGUAUGGAAAUAAUCCUGGGACCAGUUACAUCACCUAGAAAUAUAUAUAUAGCGUAAUGCGGUGUAGUGAAAAGUCUGACUACCGCGUCUAUAGUAAAUACUAUUAGAGACCAAAAGUCCAAAUAAUCAAACAAAAGUAUAUACAGGUGGUACUAAUGAUUCUAUGCCAACCCCAGAGGGAAAAUGUAAAUACACGGUACAUAAUAGUUACCCAAACCUAAACAUGAGCUUUAAUAUGAUGUGCUGCAUAGGGAUUAAUGAGAUAACUAUGUCCCAAUUAUAAGUUCCUUCUGGGAAGAGUCUAGUGUUAAAAUCUUUCCAAAGCAUAAAUUAUAACUGCCUUUAAACCAACUAUCCAAAGGAUAGUAAUACUCAAGCACUAUCUAUCCAAAUUAGUUAAUUUACGUGUGGAUUUGAGUAUAGAUAAACUAUUCCUUAGGAAAACAGGAGGUUGUAAAGAUAACGACACAAUGGAACAUUAAGGAGAGAUAUGAAAUAAUAUAUAGUAGAAAAUUCAGUCUAUAACAGACUGAUAAGAUUAAAUUAUUAAGCCUCUCUCCCUGUAAAACUAACUAGACAGGCAUAGAAAAAAAAAGUUAAAAAAGAGAGAGCAAAAAUUCAAAAGUUUAAGUGACAAUCAUGGUGCUACAACCACCAGUGCCCAGUGCUCAUAUGCAAGAUAUGAGGAAAAACGCCCAACGCAUGUUUCGGUGCCUAAUAAGAUGCACCUUCGUCAGGGGCCAACAUGAAACUAAUAACUGGUCUCUUAAAUACUAAAUUUACCAGGGGACAUGAAUACCUGUGUCCAAUAGGGUUUGGGGAGAUGCCGCCUCAUGUGAAUCCGGUUACCGUUAAUGCAGGGGGUGGGGGGGUUAAAUGGUUGUUUAUUACAAGGAGGGAGCUGGUAGCGCUGCCAGCUCCCUCCUUGCAUUAUUUUUAUUGGCGCAUGUGCAGUGUGUCCAAUAAACGAAAGAACUGAAACGAAAAGCAAUGCAUUUGGCAUUUGCCCUUUCGUUCAGUUUCUUUUUUGUGUGUAGGACUUUUGUUUACGUUUCGGUAAACGAAUACGAAAAAAUCCAAAUUUUUGUGCGAAACCGUGUUUGUACGAAAACAAAUGCACAUGUCUAUUCCAUAUUGUCGGUGUGUCUAGAUGCAUAACAGAGCUCCACAGCAAUGUUACUUCCAGUAAUGUGUCUUUAAACUACAAUAAAUCAGUACAUCUGAUCUGAAUUAUGUUUUAGUUCAUUAAAUUGUUAUUGGUAAGUCACCCAAAAUUUUCCAGGUCAGCUCCAUCCCUGGCCACUAACUCACACCCCUAAAAUGAAAGUGUCCCUCUUUGUUCAUUUGAAAUGUUGGGAGGUUUGCAGUUCCCGUAGUUAUGUGUCAGACAGAGGGUCAUGAGGAAAUAUGGUUAAAAUUAGCCCUCCCUCAUGCAAGACAUGCUUCUACAUUGAUCAAUUAAACAAGUUUUUUUGAAGACUUGGAAUCUACUAUUAUUAUCCUAUAGUACAGAGUCUGGCUGCCACGACUUAGAUAUAUCAAAAGUGUCACCAACAAGUAUGUAGGGCAAAUUUAAAAAAUGUAUUUCUCCAUGGAUACCAGUGGAAUCAUUAUUGUUUUCAAAGGCAUUUGUUGCCCUGUUUCUGUUAGAAGCGCGUAAAUCUCCCCCAGGAACGGUGCUACAUUCUAAAAACACAAGAGGCUUUAACCCAAUGGAAAAUUUGAUGAACUUUGGGAGUUUAAACCAAAUCUUAACAGCAUCACCUCUUCCCCCUAAGUAGCUCAGCAGACCAUGAUACAACUGUAACAUUUAAAUUAAAAUAUGCUCAGCCCCCCAAAUCACCCCUUUUGUCAUUCAUUCUCAUUUAAUAGAGAGAAUACUUGUAUCAUUUUAAAUCUAUUUCACACUACGGAAUCUAUGAACACUCAAGCAUCUAAGGGCAACCUUGCUUGAACACAGGUGAUACAGAUUGUGCUGAGCGUGAUUGCAUUGUAGACAAGUAAAUAUAGGCCUGGUUCUAUUGUAACUGGGGUGGCCAAAAGGUAAAUUUGUGACCUGCUUUACCCCAUAUGGUGUGGAUUAAAUGCAAGCAGCUCCUUUAAUAAUAACAUUAACGUGCAGGAAAAUAUCUCAAGGAGCUUUAAUCAAUCAUUCUUUGAAAAUGUCUUUUGAAUGAGCGGAUACGGUUGUUUUGUUAAUGCAGAAUUAAGCUAAAAUCUCAAAGCAAAUCCUUCUCCCAGCGUUCCCAGCAGGAUGCUACGUUUUGCCAGACAUUGAGUCCCCAGAUUUAGAGAUACUUAAAAAUAUUUAGUAUAUUCCUCUUACAGUGCACACAAAGCUUGCCAAAGAAAAGAUUAGUCUGCCCGAAGAUUUGCUACAUGAGAGCGAAGCUUUUUCAGCAUUAUUUACAGUCUGACUAAAGAGAUUUAAUAGAAAAUGAUGCAAUAUUUGCGCAUAAAGGCCUUAUCCCAAAGCGGCUGACAAUUAUAUCUCUAAUAAAGUAUCUAGUGGGAGAAUCAUGGCUGCUCUUCAAUAUGGUAUAUUGCACCCAAUAACGUAGCAAGGUAAUUAUCAAGACCAACGUCCUCCCUUCACCAAGAAAAAUCCAUUGCUUCCAAAUGUAGAUAUUUCACUGAACUGCUCCUAAUAGCUCAGAAUAAUGGCCUUACUCAUUGACCCACUCAGAUUUAACUGGGUUUGUAGGGAGAAUGCAAACAGCUGGUAGCUGAGCAUUAGCAAGUUACAGUAGAUCGAGAUUAAGCGAGAUAAAUCGAGGUCAACGAGGUCUAACCUUGGCACUGCUGACUUUUGUGAAUGACAUGUCCCUUAAUACUCAACCUGCCUAUAUGUCUCUCCUGUUCGAGUAAGUUCAGAACGUUUCAGCUCAGAAAGCUGGGACGAUGCGUGUUUUGUUUGCCUAGAUUGCAGUAUGGCUGAGUUUGUCAGCGCGAUUAGAAGAUGAUACAUGUUUACUCAUGUAAUUACGGCUUCCUGCAAGCAGAAACCGUCUUUUAUGUAUAUAUUGUGUUGUAUAGAGAAUUCCCUCUAUAAUUGUAUUCUGUUUGUGUUUAUUACUCUGAGUCAUGCUGCCAGUUUUUAUACCGAGCUCGAGAGCUCUGUUUUCUUUUUUUCUUCUGUUUUUUUUGUUGUUGUUGUUUUUCAGCUUUUGGACUUGUUACUUACUAAAAAAGAGAUUUAAAUCUUUGUUAUGGCAAUUAAAUAAAGUGGAUGCUAAACAAUUUUGGUAAUAGGAAAUGUACUGAAAAAGAGGGCUACCAGGUUUAAUGUACCAGCUCAUGUAAUUAAACUUGUGACAAAUGUCUGUCAGGACCCGAGAAUGAGCAAUACAAAAAAUACCACCCAGAGGGGUGCGAAAAUCAAUCUAUAAAUAUAUAAAGGGUAGUAUAUACCUUUCAUUACCUUUCAGAGGCAGCAGUACAUGGAACUGUGACAUAAAAGGGUAAUCAUUUUAAUGGUUUUCUAGAGGUAGCUGUCAAUGCUUACGAUGAUAAGGAAAGAGUGGCAGAUACCAGUGGUAGACAACAGUAAUAUGAAAGGAAUAGAAGGUGCCUGGAAUAGCAUUUAUGUGAAACUAAAUGUUAAUACUGAAAGUGUAGUCGAUACGCGGAAUAGCUAUCCAGCAGACAUAGUAAAAUCAAGGUCUUGUUAUACAUUCUGUAAAAAUCUAAAUAAAUUACAUGUCUCGAGGGACAGGCACUAGGGGCAUUUUUAAUCAUAUUUAUGGUGAGGAAAGGGUUACUUAGUGCUACUAUAUAUGUUGGUGAUUGUUUUGAAUGUUCCCAUGGGAGCAGGAUACGGAGUAUUGCUAGUAUAAUAUCUACAGGUUGCUGAGAAGGAGGUAAGGCUGGUAUUAACCCUAUCUCUGCCCAACCCUAUACAACCUACAUCAUGUAGACACUUAUGACAUUUGGUAGAAAUCUCGUUUAAUUGCCAGCAGUGUUUUUACGUUUUGGGCACAGCUGGAACUGAUGAACUGCUGCUUCAGGCUCUGAAAAGGGAAAAAGAAACAAAACAUUUAUCUGAUAAUGGACGCAUUACCAACUGCAACACAAUUAGGCCAUGAUGUAAAAUGUGAGAAUUGCUCUGGGGCUGAGUGUAACGGUGUCUACCCGGUCCUCAAACCAAUCAGGAAUGAAAUAACAGUUCACGCAUUCGGAGCUUGUUCUUAAAGACACACAGGGGACGUAAAGUCAUUUCCAACUCGGAUUGUUCCACGUCUGUCCGGCAUCCACGUUCACGCAUGUUCUGGGGUCACAGGCAUGACGUGGACCAAUCCAAUCAGACAUACCAGUAUUUAAACACCUCUGGCUCCAUUUACUGAGCCCUUUCCUGAUUUUUGUUCUCAGUACGCUUAAGUGCGUCCUUUGUUACAUUGUGAUGUUUCUGGUAUUGACCUUGGAUCAGGGUUCCUGACCCUGAGUUUCUCUGUUACCCUCUUCUGACUUGUUUACCUGUUCUACUGAUACACCGUUUACCUGAUUCCAGUGAGGUCUUGUUUACGCUGUCUCUUUGUUAUCCUGACCUAGGCUGUAAUUGACUUUGUGUCCCCUUUAUUGUGCGUUAACCCCAGCCACUCUAAGGACUGGUAAUACAUCUAUUUUAGUCCAGUUUGUUACUGUUAUUGUAGACUCUGCAUGUGAGGUUAUUCCUCAUGUCUAUAAGAGAUGCCUUUGUUCACUGACCUGCCUUCAUUACUCCUUGUAGAGUACACCUGCUGAAUAACAUUGUGACUGGGCUAAUUCUGGUUAUCACGGCUGUCAAUGUAUUCAUCACCGCAUUCUGGUUCUCUCCACUCCACUCGACCCCCGAAGACCAAAACUUUCUUGUGGCCGAAGCUACCGAAAAGUGUUAACAAGUUCCAUGUUCUACAAAACCUUCUGUUAAGACGGACAUGUUCCAAACAAGUCAAAGCACAAUUAUACGGUGCACGCCGACGAGAGUUCAAGCCACUUUCUCCAAAGAGGAUUACCUUUUUUUCCUGUAGGUGUCAAAGGAACAAGCUGUCUGCAGUAAAACAAGACUUGACAUUUGCUGUGCUGUGUGUGUGUGUUUUUAUUAUUAUUAUUAUGGUGCAUUUUUUAUAUUACAAUACAG